AUGGAAAGUUCCAGUAAAGCGAAACGAAGAAUUCCAGUGUGUGUGUAUAUUUUCACUUUCUUCGCUGCCAUUGGAGGCUUUGAGAUGGGAUACAACUUCUCGGUCGUUUCUGGAGCAAUGAUCCUUGUAAAACAAGAGUUUCAUUUGUCGACAUUUUGGCAAGAGCUCAUCGUGAGCGUAGCAAUUGGUACAGCCAUAGUGGGAGCACUUCUGGGAGGUUUUGUGAAUCAACGAUGUGGGCGAAAACCCAUGCUGUUAGCUUGUGCGAUGGUGCUAACGGUAGGAGCCGUGGUGGAGGCAAUUGCUACAUCGAGAAAUGUUUUACUCAUUGGUCGGCUUAUUGUCGGUUUUGGAAUAGGUAAGUGAGAAAAAAUGAGGUUUUCCCUAAUAUCUGUAAUAUGCAACUCGCUGUGCAACAUAUGCAUAUUUGCAAAUCGCUGUAAAUCACUGCAUCAAAACGGGUGUCACGAAAGCUAAGACCUGAGACCUAAGAUCCUUCGAGAACUAACACCUCUCGGAAACUAGUACCCCUCGAAAACUAAGACCCCUCAAAAACCUUUUGGCUACGGGAUAUUUCAAAAGAAAGAAGAAGCCAAGGUGAUCGUUACACCCUGGAGGAGUUACAAUUUGGAGAUCGUGAAUUUUACUUGAGGUGUUUACAUGUUGGUUACUGAGCUUCAAAAUUAAACGUUGAAUCUAGAUAAGUUAAAUUUUUACUACUAAAUUUACACUCUAUUUAAUUCAGAAAGAAAAAAUGAGCUUUCUGGCAGUUUUUAAGUUGGUAAUCAAUACUCAUAUACGUCGUACCUUGCCCAACGUUCCGCAUGUUUGCCGCAUGCUAGAAACUUCUGAUUGCUUUCGAAAUUCGGUGAAACUUUCUCCACACGGAAAUCAUUCGUUAAACACUCGUUUGACUACGACCUUAUUACAUGUGAUUAUUUAAAGCGAUCACGCUAGCAAGCUGGUGGUCAAGCCCGAGGCAAUUUUUAAGUGAGUGAUAAAUAUUCAUAUAUGUCGUGCAGCGCCCAACGUUCCGCAUGGUUGCCGCAUACAAGAACAAUCGCUUUCGAAAUCCGGUGAAACUUUCUCCACACGGAAAUGGUUAAAAACUUGUUUGACUAAGACCUUAUUACAUUUGAUUAUUAAAAGCGAUCACGCUUUUGUGAAAGAAGUCGACCAAACUUAGAGUGUCAUGCAUAUGGAGCAACUUAAAAGAAAUCAAACACUUGGUAAGAGUAUCGAACAGAAGUCAUUAAUGAAAAGUUCCAGUGAAGCGAAACAAAGAAUUCCGGCCUGUGUGUAUAUUUUUACUUUCUUCGCUGCCAUUGGAGGCUUUGAGAUAGGAUACAACUUCUCGGUCGUUUCUGGAACAAUGAUCCUUGUAAAAGAAGAGUUUCAUUUGUCGACAUUUUGGCAAGUGCUCAUCGUGAGCGUAGCAAUUGGUACAGCGAUAAUGGGAGCUUUGCUAGGAGGUUUUGUGAAUCAACGAUGUGGGAGGAAACCCAUGCUUGUAGUUUGUGCUAUGGUACUAACGGUAAGAGCCGUGGUGGAGGCAAUUGCUACACCAAUGUAGAUAUGCAAUAUUUGCAAUAUUUGCAUAUUUGCAUAUUUGCAAAUACGCAAAUAGCUGGAAAUAAGUUCUGUGAACUUACCGAACUUAUUUCCAUCUAUUUAGACAAAAUUAUGGCACAUAUCGUCAAAACUUUACCGUCUUACAUUAAGGACAGCCAACACGCACUUGAAAUUUUUCGUGACUUUAGUUUCCUCGACCAAAACAAACUUAUUUUCACUAUGGAUAUAACAUCUCUUUAUACUCUCAUUCCCAAUGACGAAGGUCUCCGGGCCCUCAAACAUUUUUUCAAUCAUCGCACCGUUAAGGAACCUAGCUCUGAAACACUACUCCGUCUGGCCAAACUAGUACUCACACUCAACUGCUUUUUAUUCGGUGGUAAUUACUACAAACAAACUAAUGGCGUGGCCAUGGGUACUAAAAUGAAACCCAGCUACGCCAAUCUUUUUGUAGGUUUUAUCGAACAUCAAUUUUUUUAGUCAAUACCAGGGCCCUAAACCUAAACUCUACGGCCGCUACAUUGUCGAUUGCAUCGGCGCUACCUCCUCUACCAAAGAGGAGCUCACUCAAUUUAUAACCGCCGUCAAUUCCUUUCAUUCGGCUCUUAAAUAUACCUAGGAAAUUUCCGACACUUCUUUGGCUACGGUUUAUGCAUUAGUGUUUACUACAAACCUACAGAUUCACAUAGUAACUUGUUGUAUUCAUCUUCACAUCCAUCACAAGUCAAGAACUCCAUACCUUUUUCACAGUUUCUCAGACUUCGUCGUUUAUGUAGUGAGGACUCUGAUUUUUCCGAAAAAUCAGAGGCAAUGUGCCAGUUUUUCGAUAAACGUGGCUAUCCUGUUUUUGUCGUUCAAGCGGGCCACCACCGUGCACAACAAAUUGAUCGACAGUCAGCACUACAAACGGCUGAAAAAGUCAUUUGUUGUGGUGCAGAAAACUUUAGGUCAAAGUUUUCGAUGGGUCUUAGGUCUUAUAGGUUUUUCUCAUAAGCUCAAGAACGGCGGCAAGUACCGUAAUCAAAGGCUCCUUUGAGCACAGGCGCCUCAAACUCACGUUUCGAGAGAAAGAAAACGAUUUUUUCAUGAAUUAUAAUCCAUUAAAGCGCCACACGUUGUGUGGCCCCGGGUUAAGUUUCGAGAGGAACCGUUGAGAAUUUGAACACGUUGUAUAUAUUUAUACGAUUGAUUGCUUCUGGUUACAAUUGGGUCUUUCUAUUUAAUAAUAUCUGCUCCCCCUAUACAAUAAACUAGCCUUUGAUUAAAAUUAGCCGACACAAGUAGAUGAACUAUAAAUAAUACUGUAGACACAUGCGGUCAUAGACUGCUUAUUUUUAUCAUCUUACCAGUAAACAAAAAUAAAUGAUUGCUUUCGCUCCUAAGAUCUAUGCCUAUUUUUAUCAUCAUACUAGUAAGCAAAAAUAAAUGAGCCCUAUCACUCCUAAAAUCUUAUUAGUAAAUCUCCCUACUGUCUGACAUACAAUUCUUAUGAUGUUAGUUUGGAGAAUUAGGUAUUGGAUCAACUAAUAAUUUCCUAAUGUUUAAUUUCUUAAUUCUCAUCACUUUGCCACUUGAUAUCAUGGUAUUAAUAUUUUUAGGAGAAAUUCUGUCUUGGUCACUCAUGCACAUAUAAGGGUUAAAGGGAUUGUAAUUUUCCUUUGUCUUUAUAUCAUCUGCUAACACUUCAUCUCCCAAGAUCUGAUUGGUCACCCUCCUCUCUAAGUGCUACACAUUUCCUUUUAAAUUAGUUGCAAGAAUCUGGUGUUAGAUUGAGGAAAAAACAUUUUCCUGAUAAGUUUGAGUAUUCUCAUUACUAGUUUGGUGGAAAAUGUUUGGAUAUUGUUGGGAGAGGUCAUCUGUCAAUCACUUCUGGGAGUUAAAGGGUUAAGUGGAACCAUAUUAAGCAGUGGGUUGUCAGUGUCCUGAAACUUUUCUCCUUAAUCACUGUAUAUUUCACUAGGGAGACCUCUAAAUACAGGCUUGACUGUAAUUGAUAUUCCAAAAGUAUUGUUCACCUUUAAACAGCUAUUUUGUACCCUUAAAGAGGUGUAUAUUUUUGACAUUUAAGUGUGUAAAUUUAAAGUGAAUCACAGAGCCCCUUUAAAUGUUCUGUGUUGUUUUUCACAGGGGGAGUAUCAGUCACAGUCCCUGUAUAUAUUGCUGAAACAGCUCCGUCAGACAUAAGAGGUGGUCUUGUCACUGCCAACAAUAUUUUUAUCACUGGGGGCCAGUUUAUUGCUGCUGUGGUUGAUGGUGUUUUCAGCCCUUACAAAAGAACAGGAUGGAGGUACUUAAAAACUUCUCAAUAAUUUUGGGUAAAAACACCAAGGUAGAUAAUUCUCUUGGUAUUCAUUUCAUUUUACAAAGCUUGAAGCAAAUGUUCCAAUUUCAUCGGGGGAGGGGUGGGGUGGGGUGUUAGAAGGCUCCAGGUCUUACACUUUAGUUUCCAAAAUGUAGUAAGUUUCUGCUUAGAUUCUAACUUUUUAUUUUUAUUAACCCUUUCACACCCAAGAUCUCAUUAAUAAUUCUCCUUACUGUCUGCCAUAUAAUCCUUAUAAUGUUAAUUACGAGAAUUUGGUUUUGGAUUAACUUUCUAUCCCCCAUCGGAUAUUUUUCUUUAUUCUCAUAACUUGUCUGCUCGAUAUUGCAUUAAUAUUGGUAGGAGAAACUCAGUGUUGGUAACUCAUGGGAGUUAACCCUUUAACUUCCAUCCUGUUGUAGCAAGUAGACUAUACUAUAACUUCCCUCCAAAAUUCCUUCUUUAUUCUGUUGUCAGAAAAUUUUGCAUUUUUUUCUUUCUCUUUUCAUAGAUUUAUGCUUGGUUUAGCAGCAAUACCAUCCAUUGUUAUGUUCUUUGGAUGUCUUGUGCUGCCAGAAAGUCCCUCCUGGCUUCUUAGCAGAGGGUUCUCUCAGGAGGCUAAGAAAGUUCUGGUCAAACUGAGAGGCACAGACGAUGUGAACGAUGAGCUUUUAGCGAUACAAACUAUAUUUAAAGAAGAUGAAUCACUUCACAAAACUAGUAAGUGGUAAUGAUAGCGGCAAUAUUGUGGCCUAACAUCUCUGUUACCAUUAAUUUGUGAGAAAAGUUGUACAAUACAUUGCUUUUAAGGUCAUGACUAACAAGUUAAUUUUGCUACGUCUAACAGCCUUAAGUCAUGAAUUCACACAUUUUUUAAAAUGUUAUUUGAUAGUCGACUUGACUAUGCCUGCCCUUAUGUAGCAAUAUUUAAUCCUUUCAUAUUUAUAUUUGAUUUAAACUUAUUUUCUGUUAAAUUUAAAUUUCAUGACUAAAAUUGAAGUAAAUUUAAAACAAAUUCCUUGCUAUACCUUAUUUCCUUUCCAGCAAACCAACUACAAAAUCAAAAAAAGUCUAAGGAAUCGAAGCGUAUUGAAGUCGUUCAGAUAUUCCGCCAAACGAAAUGGCCGCUGAUGAUGAACAUGUGACAUAGUCACGUGACCCUGGUCGAGCUCGCCUCAGGAAGAUCAAAUAGAAUUUCGCAGUUUAAAUCAAAGACAAAUUUUGUAACUUUCGAUAAAAUUUUAAAAGUUAAAAUUGAAAUGAAUUCAAAGGAAUGUUAUUAUAUUACUAAAGGAGCCCAUUACCUGGAGCCUCCAUACCAAUUGUACCCUUGAGUGAACCCUGUCCCGUAUCUCUUUAUUUUUAGAACUGAGAUGCGUAGGGGGUUCUUUAAUUUCCCGUGAAAACUCGCUGACGUUCGGACAACACCCUCAAAAAAAAGGUGUUCUCGAAAAACUUUCGUGCGGCCUGCAUGUGACAUAAACAAUAGAGCACCGCAGCUCUCUUAUGAUUGGCUAUUAUGUAAACACCCGCGAAAAACCCCGUGGGAGGUGCUUCUAAAAAUAAAAAGAUACGGGACAGGGUUGACUCAGAGGGUAAGUAUGGAAGAUGGAAGCUCCGGGUAAUGGGCUCCUGAUUACUACUGAAUAGUGUUAAACGCGUUUAAAUAGGAACUUGUUUUAAAUUUAAAUAAAUUUUGAACACAAAGUUUAAAUUUAAAAGAAAAUAAGUUAAAAUAAAAAAUUAAUAUAAGAGGAUUAACUAAUGCUAAACAUGGACACGCACAGUCAUUUUAAGUUAUUUUUAUUUCUUUUUUUAGAAUCAUUUUCCUUUAGUCAAAGCACAACAUUUCAGAUGGUGGCAACCAAAAGUACAAGGAGAGCUCUCCUGGUGGGCUGUAUGUUGCAGGUGAUACAACAAUUUUCGGGGAUCGAUAGUAUUAUGUAAGUAAAAACUCCUAAUGAAAACUUGAUAUCUGUUAAGUAGAAAAUCGAAGUCAUGUGGGAUGCGCCAUAAGUGCGCAUGCUCUAACAGUGAUCUCCUACAUAAAAACACACACAACUGAAUACAAACCUUUACUGACACUGAAAUGGACAUUUGCGUUAAAUCUUCCAAAUUCUUCGUCGCUUACUUUAAAAAGAAUUUUCCUCUUUCUAUUUUUUUGUCCCAGUCUUGAAAUUUCCCUUGAGUCUCCAUAAACGAUUGCUAGCCAGCCGACUAAACUUUUAAUUUUUCUCGACCAAUUUUUAAUUUAGGUUGUUAAAUAGCGACUUUGAAAGGAAGUUUUGCUUGGAAUCCAGGACUGACCACUUGUUUUCACUUAAAAACAUUAAAAGUGAACUUAUAUAAAUUUGCAUAAUUCCAAGGGCAUUUACUGCUUCUCUAUUCCUAAGCACUACACGAGAUGAAGAGGUUCGACUUUAUGGUGCAGAGCGGGCGUAAUUUUGAAAAGUCAAAGCUCAAUAUUUUCUUAUAGCGGCAGCAAAGGUUUGGGACAGAAAGGAAUUUGUACUCGUGGGGUGAGCGACAGUUAUAAGGAGGGAGAGGAGAGGAGGUGCGUCUUUCCCCGCCCCCUCCCCCGUACGAUUCACUCUAACUCCAAAUCAAACUUUCCGAUUGCAAGCUUGUAACGUUAAUUCGCCCCAAAGGUUGCUUGUAAUGCAGGCAAAUUCAGAGUUUCCAUGUUAUUUCCAGGUACUACAAUGCAACGAUUAUACAGAUGUCUGGUAUACAGGGAGACCAGUUGGCCAUCUGGUUGGCUGCGGUGGUCGCAUUCGGUAAUUUCGCUUUCACCAUAAUUGGAGUGUUUCUCGUAGAGAAGUUGGGACGUCGUAAACUAUUACUCGGGAGUCUUGCGGGGGUCAGUCUUAGCUUGUUUCUCCUGGGUGGGGCAUUUUACAUGGCGAAGCAACACGAUACUGUGAUCACAUUUCACGAGAAAACGCCGUCCGAGGUAAACAGCAACAAGUGUUCCGCGACUGGGUACUGCCUAGAUUGUCUCACAGAAAACUGUGGAUUUUGUUUUGCUAAGGACUCUGCCAACAAUCCUAUAAAUGGUUCUUGUGUUCCAAUCAAUGUAUCUUCUAGUGAUAACAAGGCUGCAUUUGGUAGAUGCAGUCGCAAGGAUCAUUCAGUAACAUGGUCGUACCAAGCUUGUCCAUAUAAGUAUUCCUGGUUAGCAAUUGUAGCUCUUGUUUUAUAUAUAUCUGCGUUCGCUCCGGGGUUAGGUUCAAUGCCAUGGACGAUAAAUUCCGAGAUUUACCCCCUGUGGGCCCGUAGCACAGGAAAUGCGUUUGCUACAGCAACGUACUGGACAUGUAACUUGGUGAUUUCCAUGACUUUUCUCCCUCUGACUGAGUGGAUUACGCGUCACGGUGCAUUCUGGCUGUACGGGGGAAUUUCAGUUUUUGGCUGGUUGUUUUUCUUUGUUUAUCUUCCUGAAACGAAAACAAAAUCGUUAGAGGAACUGCAACAUUUAUUUUCAUAGUAUACAAUAACAGUUUUGAAUUCUGAUAAUUUAAUUUUUUGGUGGAACGUUAAAAUGGUCUAUGUGAUGGAAGGAUUCCUUAUACUGUACCUUGAAUAUUGUGGGAAACGUUAAAGAAGACUUCUCAACUUGACGACAUAUUUUGUUCUGCCUAUUUGUGCAGCUCUUGAUGGUUGAACAAAUUCUCCUUGUCAUCACCUGAGGAAAUUUCCAGGGAACAGUGUAGAGAAUAUGCAUACUGAUGUUAGGGAGUAAAGGGUUUACAGUUUGGGCGUUUUCAAGUUUUUAUUAGUAAUGCAGCUAUCGCUCGAUAUCAAGUUUUAUUAUGUAACCUUUGGAAUCGAUGUGAAUAAUAACCUACGUGUAGCUGUACCCUCCCCCCCCCCAGGUGAUACGGAGUGGAGGGUGGGGAGGGUACGGCUACACGUAGACUAUGUGAUUAGCCUCACUACGUUUUUAUUAUUCAGUUGCGCCAUCUUAUUCUAUGGCUAUCUUAAUUUUGUAAAGGCUAUCGUUGUUUCAAUUGCUACCCUCGCAGGAGCAAGAUCAAAAUAAGUCUGCUCACAUUUCUUUUAGUAAUCAUGUUGUUACGUUGACAAGAUCUAUGUUCCAUAAGUAGCCUUGAUUUAUGUGUUGUACCCUAGCUACUAUUAGUUUACAUAAGCCUUUUUUUAAUCGUUUUUCCUUUUAGUUCAAACCAUAAAACCACAACUACAACUUGGCAACAAUCACAAGUACAUCCGAUCUCUACUUUUCAAUCUGUUUCUCAUAAGCAUUUUUCCAAUAAGCAUUCUGAUUGUUUUUACGUGGUUUUUCUGAAAUUUACUCAAUGUGGGUUCGAGUGUUAUCAAGCUCCUGGGGUUAAGUUGCCCUUAUGCUAAUGUAAACGGGACUUCGAUCCUGGAAAGUCAUAAUAUGAAAGUAAUAAUUGAAAGGUGAGAUUGUCACGAAAGUUCCUAGUUACUGCCGGUGUCCUAGCGGAUUUGGAUCCCCCUAGAUUUGGAACCCCCGAUCCAAAUCCGCUAGCGGAUAUUGACCUUCCUCCUCAGAUUUGGACCCCCCAACAGAACUGAGUGAAAACAUCAUCCUCCGUUCUCUAAGAAAUAGAUGAUACUUUACGUUUCAGUGCGUACUAAAGUCUGUUUUUAAUUCAAAAUAUGCGUAUCGCCGAUGCAUACGAACUGGCAGCUAGAAAUGGCCCGUCGGAUGUUUCUUUUUUUCCUUUUUUAUUGUUUUUCCUUUUGCUCGAACCAUACAUUCACAACUGCAACUUGGCAACAAUCACAAGUACAACCGAUUUCUAUUUUUCUUCCUGUUUCUCAUUAGCAUUUUUCCAAUGAGCGUUCUGAUUGUUUUUACUUGGUCUCUCUGGAAUUUACUCAAUGUGGGUUGGAGUGUUAUCAAAUCUCUUUUGUUGUGGAACACGAUUGGUACACAAAGCAAAGAUAAGGCACUGAAUAACAACGACAAGUAAACUUCGUCCAAACGCCUUUUUAAACUAUUUUGUAAAUUAACACGCGCAUACGCGUAUAAUACUAGACUAUACGAGUCUGCGAAGUCCCUGAUCGUUGAAAUGCAGCUCUGCUCAACUUCGCUAGCAAGCCGGUGGUCAAGCCAGAGGCAGUUUUUGAGUGGGUGAUAAAUAUCCAUAUAUGUCGUGCCGUGUCUAACGGUCCGCAUGUUUGACGCAUACAAGAAUAAUCGCUUUCGAAAUCCGGUGAAAAUUUUCCCACAGGGUAACGGUUAAAAACUCGUUUGACUAAGACCUCAUUUCGUGUGAUUAUUUAAAGCGAUCGCGCUUUUGUGAAAGAAGUCGACGAAACUUAGAGCGUCAUGGAUAUGGAACAACUGAAAAGAAAUCAGAUACUUGGUAACAGUACCGAGCAGGAGCCGUUAAUGAAAAGUUCCGGUGAAGCGAAACCAAGAAUUCCAGUGCGCGUGUAUAUUUUCACUUUCUUCGCUGCCAUUGGAGGCUUUGAGAUGGGAUACAACUUCUCGGUCGUUUCCGGAGCAAUGAUCCUUGUUAAAGAAGAGUUUCAUUUGUCGACAUUUUGGCAAGAGCUCAUCGUGAGCGUAGCAAGUGGUACCGCUAUAAUCGGAGCUCUGGUAGGAGGUUUUGUGAAUCAACGAUGUGGGCGGAAACCCACGCUUUUAGCUUGUGCGAUGGUGCUAACGGUAGGAGCCGUGGUGGAGGCAAUUGUUACAUCGAGAAAUGUUCUACUCAUUGGUCGGCUCACUGUCGGUUUUGGAAUAGGUGAAUAAGAAAAACUAGGUUUUGCGUAAUAUCUGUAAUAUGUUAAUUGCUAAGUAAUAUUUGCAUAGUUAACGCUGUAAAUCUCGGAAUCAAGAGUUCUCACAAGCUCAAGAACGGCGGUAAGUACCUUAAAGGCUCCUUAGCUCAGAGCACAGGCGUCUCAAGGUCACGUCUCAAGAGAAAGCGAACGAUUUUUUCAUGAAUUGAAAUUCUUAAAAACAUCGCGCGUUGUUUGACCCGAGGGUUAGUUUCGAGACGAAUCGCUUAGAAUUUGAAUACGUUAUAGGGAAUAAUAUGGGGAACGAAAUAUGGUCGAUUUACGACGGUAAAUAUUUCGAAAUUGUAACAUUUUACGCAUAAAAAAAUUAAAAUCUACUCACAUCUUGUGUGUCCGUUAUGGUUUUCGGCGUUUUCUGCCGUUUUAAGCUUGCUUUGCCGUCACCGUUAUUCCUGUUAUAAGACGAAGUAACAGUGAUUUUAAAGCAGGCUUAAAACGGCAGAAAACGCCGGAAACCACAACAAGAUGGGAGUAAUAUCCAUUGAUUUUACGCGUUUAUAUUUUGAAAUAAUUAUCGACACUACAAAUGGAAAUUACAGGUAUGCGUCUCCUCCAUUCUAGGAGUUGAAGAGUUAUGCAGCCGAAUAUCCUAUUUUGGAAUGAGUUGAAAUACACCAGUUUUCGUAAAACCUCCCUCAAAAAAAGAAGAGAUUUAAAUAAAAACUAAAUUGAGUUAAUCUUUGCUUGUAGUGAUAUUCGGUGAGAUAGAUGACAGGACCUUACGUUUUUUUUCUUUAAUUGUUUGCAGGAGGGGUGUCUACUACCGUUCCAGUUUAUAUUGCUGAAAUUGCGCCAUGGAGUAUAAGGGGUCGUUUAGUCUCCGUCUAUUACCUAUUUAUGACGGGAGCUGAAUUUGUCGCUUCUGUUGUUGACGGUAUAUUCAGCCCUUACAAGAAGACAGGAUGGAGGUAAAGAGAUCUAGAAUUAUUUCUUUUGUCUUUUUUUUAACUUACUUAGAUUACUUUCAACAAAUUCUGGUCAAAAUUAAAAAUUUUUUUUUUGCUCUUUAGUCAGAGAGAGCAGUGAACUUUAAUUUUUCGAAAGAAAAUCUCAUAACUUUAAAACGAACGCGAUAUACGGCUGAAAGAGGAACCCGUAGCGAAGAGCGAAAGAGUUGUCCUGGUUGUCGUAAAAUGACGGAAAUUAAGCUUCUCGCUGGAAUGUGAAAAAGUCGAUAAAAUUGCCAAAAAUCCAAAAAGUAGCUACCUAAAUUUCUUGAUUAUAUUUUACAUAAACUUUGAUUAAAAGGUUCUAUUUUUUGUUUUUCACAAUAAAUGCUAACAUCGGUCAAGAAAACUUUAUUUAAACUGGGUGUUAUUAAACAGUCGAUCAGCAGACCGCGGAACCUGGAGAACCUACAGAACCUGCGGAACCCACAUUUUUUCGGUUUAAGAAAAGUAAAGAGAGUUACCUCUACUGAAACGAAUUAACAUAGGUAUGUAGAUUUGUUGGAUUUUCAUGAAAAUUGGCUGGAAUGUUAUUAACGCAGCAAAUGUUGUGAGACCUAUACGAAAAUCGAAAUAUUUCUCUUUAGACGUAUGAUCAUAACAACCAAAAUAUUUUUGUUGUCCAACUUCCAAAUAGUUUUCUCAGGAACCAAUAGGAACAUCGAAAAAAGCCUCACACACUUUGUUAGACUACUGUCUGUUGAGUGAAACUGUUCAGUUUCUUUAUUGGAGGCCCGCUGAAAAGCGGAGGUUGGUAAUUUAGUUAGGCAAACACCGCUAGUUGUGUUUAAAGGCUCGCGUGUGCUUACCAAAUCAAAAACUGUGAGAACUUAUGUCAUUUUCUCAGUGUGAGAAUUUAUGUAAUUUUCUCAGUCUAUACUCGACAUGCUUUUUAGUGUUAUCUAGUUUUCUGCGGUUCUUUAAAGGUAGCGCUCAUACGACGAUUUUUCCGAAAGGUACCCUAUUUCGUUGACAGCUGCUAUAAUUUCUCAUUUUGCAAAUAUAUCAGCCAUGGGGAGUAACGUUGAGAUGGCCAAGUUAAUGUAUUUUCCUCCACUCCUCCACCCAUGAUCGACAAAAUUUGCAAAACAACAACCAAAAUAACUUGAUUAGGCACAUAGCGAAUAGGUCAAAUGCUAUCCCCACCAACCCAUCCGCCCCCCCCACCCUUCCCCACCCACUUCUCUCCAAUUUUCCACGCAGUUUUAUCAGGUUCUCUCAUGGGUGCCUACGUAAAACUCCUCGUGAAGGAAGGCACUAGUCUCGUACCCAGGCCUUUCACGCCUAAGCCUACAUUUUAGUUACAGUUGCAAAAUAGGAUCAGGGUACGAGAUGGGGGAGGCACUGAGUGACCUUGUCAAGACUUGGGUACCAGCCAGCAACUUGCUUGGGAUAAACUUAGGCACUAACCGGGCUUACGAAUCAGAUCCUACACUUAUAACAAUCAAAAAGUAAUCGUAUUAUAAUAGUUCUCGAUCACAAAACCCUGACAUAAUAUUCCCCAACCAUCUUCAAGAAAUUUAUUGUAAAAUCCUGUAUCUCUUUGGUAGAUUCAUGUUUGGUUUAGCUGCACUUCCGUCGGCCAUCAUGUUCGUGGGUUGUCUGUGGCUUCCAGAAAGUCCCAGUUGGCUCGUCAGCCGGGGCGCCUGUGAACAUGCAAGGGAAGUUCUUGUGAGAAUUAGAGGAACGGCGAAUGUGGACGAGGAGCUGCAAGCUAUACAGACCGUUUGUAAGGAACAAGAAUCUUAUGAUAAGAAAAGUAAGUUUCUUAAUUAUUGGAGGGUUGGUUUAUUGAUUGACACCUCCACACGAAGCGUAAAACUCUUUUGAGUGGUUCUGUUUAAGUUUGAACCCGAUGUGAUCCCGAGGUAAUAAUGGGAGAUUCCGAGUGGGAUCCAGUUGCGCGAGAUCGCAGCGGAAUUCAGACGUGGCACGGGGAAGAAUUCCGGCGUGAUUCAGUGGUGGUCCUGCAUGGGAUCCCACACUGUGCUCGAGUAGGUUCUGAGUGUGUUCAUGUAAAGUAUUUUUGUUGUUGUUCUGUUGUCAAUGCAAUGAAAUUCUAGCAUUCCGUUUUCUCAUUUUCUUCAGUGGAAAAUACCGAUCGCUGAUUAAGUUUUGUUAUAAACCUGAACUUUUGGAGACCCUUUCACAGCGAGUUAUUUGGUGUCACAGAGACGUUUUCCGCAAAAUAAAAGAUUGUCAAUGUUGUUUUUAGGCAGAUUUUAUGGGAUGUUGACCACGUCAAGUACAAGGAAGGCUCUUUUAGUUGGCUGUGUGUUGGUAUCAAUGCAAGAUCUGUCUGGGAUUAAUUUGAUUCUGUAAGUUAAACCGUUUUAUUAACUACGCAACUUUCAAUUUAAAGCUAGAAUAUAAAUCUCUGGGCGAGCCAAGCAGAGUGCGUGGCAUAGCUUUGUCUAUAGGCUGAUUGAAAGGGGCCUUUGUUGAGUUACCUUGUCAAUCGUAAAGAAUGCAUUGCAUCAAAGUAACAGGUUAGUAAGUAGAGAUGCAUUAUUUCGUCAAUAUUUUCCACCCAGCAUCUUUUCAUCCCAAGUUUUGAUGUUUUUUUGUAACCGUUGAAAAAGCGUAAAUUUUUAGCACUUUUGUCGGUGUUGGGCUCAAACUUGGAGAAUCUUCAAGUGUGAUCUUACUCUUUUCAUUGUUGAGAUCGAUUUGGCGCCACAUUCCUAUUUAUUUUCUGGUCGCUCAACCCCGGCGGCGGGCGGGGUACCUUUUAGUGAUAGGCGAAUGGGGCUGUGCCGCUUGAUGAGGUCGCAUUAUCACGACUGGUUUGACUAUAGAACGGGUAAGCUUUCAAUGGAGUUAUUAGAGUGGAGUCGUAAGAUUUUCGGGAUUUUGGGGUAAGGAAAUUCUGGCAAGAAAGGAUUUAAAAAUAGGAAGACUUGCAGUUUAAAAGAUGUAAGCGUGUUCUGUUUGAUAUUUAACAAUCGGCUCGCAUAAAAGGAUGACCAAUUUCUUUAUAAGGUAGAAGCAUAAACAGAAAGGGACUGGGCUGAGAUUGUGAAAAUUGCAUUUGUCCCAAAGUUCUCAAAGGCCAGCGGCACAUACCUAGCAAAAAAAUUGACUUACGUGCCCCCUACCCCUGGUCUUCACAUCAAUAAUAAAAAGUGUGUUUAUUGUUUCCAGAUCCUACUGUGCAACUAUUUUACAGAUGUCAGGUGUACAGGGAGACCGACCAGUCUUCUGGCUUGCUGUGGUGAUAUAUUUUGGUAAUUUCAUAUUUCCCUUUGUUGGAUUGUAUCUGGUAGAGAAAGUAGGACGCCGUAAGCUACUAUUAGGAAGUCUUGCCGGGGUCACUGUUUGCUUGUUUCUCUGUGGCGGUGCAUUUUAUAUGGCGAAGCAACACGAUGCCGCGAUAACCUUUAACGAGAGAGCAAUUUCUAAUAUCAGCAACAAUUGUCCCGCCACCGGAUUUUGCUUAGAUUGCCUCGGAGUCCAAGAAAACUGUGGAUUUUGUUAUGCUAAAGACUCCUCCAAUAAUCCUAUAUAUGGUUCUUGUGUUCCAAUCCAUGUAUCUUCUAGCGACAACACGGCCGCUUUUGGUAGAUGCAGUCGCAAAGAUCAUUCAGUAACAUGGUCGUACCAAGCUUGUCCUUACAAGUAUGCGUGGUUAGCAACUUUAGCUCUUGUGUUAUACAUCGCCGCGUUCGGUCUGGGGAUGGGACCGCUGCCAUGGACGAUAAAUUCUGAAAUCUACCCCCUAUGGGCCCGUAGCACGGGGUAUGGGUUUGCUACAGCUGUAAAAUGGUCUACUUAUUUGGUACUAUCCAUGACUUUCCUGUCUCUGACUGAAUGGAUUACGAGUUUCGGGGCGUUUUGGCUGUACGGGGGAAUUUCGCUUCUGGGUUGGUUGUUUUUCUUUGCUUAUCUUCCUGAGACGAAAAAUAAAUCGCCCGAGGAAUUGGAACAUUUAUUUUCAUAGCAUGUGAAAACAUUUUGUAUUUUGUCUAAUUAGUCACUUGUGGAACAGUAAAAUGGAUGGGUGAAAAAAAAUCCCUGAAACUUUUUGGAGAAUAUCGUGAGAAUGUGGGAAACUACAUUAUUAGUGCCAGACCCCUUACAGACCUCUCGCCGGCUCGUGUUGCUCAAGGGCUUGUGCCGAAGCACUAAUAAUGAGGCAUGCUCGCAACGCAGUUCCCCGCUGAUAGUAACUAGACAUUUGCCAGUCGUUUCAAAGUCUAGAAUACACUGAGGGGAAUUCUCAUUGGCAACCUUAUUACUAAAAUUGUUAAUAAGUGGAUCAACAUGUGUCGGUCUCAGCCACAGGCAGCCCAAGCUCCAGGUGUGAGAUGAUCAUCUUGCGAACUAAGACUCAUGACGAAAAUGUAAGAGUUUGUAUGGGAAUAUUAACGACCGCUCUUGGGAAGUAAAAAUACAGUCAAAUUCUCAAUAAAUACCUCACCUUACUUUCACAGUGCAUUGCUUUUUUGUGACCGCGUACUUUAUUGCAACGAGGUCAUUUCAGCGAGUUAUGCAUUUCUAGGUUUACUACUUCCAACUGAAGGACUUAAAUAUUCCUAUACAAACUCCUAUAUUUUGGCCAUGACUCUAAUGUCGCAAGAUGAUCAUCUCACAGCUGGAGCUUGGGCAGCCUGUGCCUCAGCUGGUUAAGUUGACGAGGACUGAGCAAGAAAAUGAAAUAACGUGUUCUAGUAGUACCUCUUUCUUCUUAGCAGAUUUUCAUAGUGUGAUAACCUACAGAUAUUUAGCGCGCAUGAUUGAAUAUUAAAAAAGGAAUCGAUUAUUGUAUACAGUCCAUAUUGUGAAAGUUUCCUGACGUUGAUAUCAAAUUUUGAAAACUCUGGCCGCUUCUUUUGCCAUAAAAAUUGGAUUGAACAAGUAAGAACGGAGUCAGGCGACGUAAGCGUACUAAGCGUGAUUUGGGGGUUUUUAGAAAGGUUUUCAACGGGAAUAUCUCAUAUUAUGAAUACGUGUGUUGACUGGAGUGGUGGGCCACCUGUGGCGAAACUUCCUCCAGAGGGACAUUUAACCAAGACGAAGUUUCAUGACUUUCAUGUUAUUAUUUAAACCGAUCUUGAUUUUGUUUAAGAAGUCGACCAAAAAGCCAUCCAACACUUUUAUUUGAAAAGAAAACCGAGCAAGAACCAUUACUGAAAAGUUCCAAUGAAGUGAAACAAAGAAUCCCAGCGUGGGUGGAAAUUUUGGCUUUAUUUGCCGCCCCAGUAAUUGUUGGGUGUCACGAAAGCUAAGACCUAAGACCUAAGACCCAAGACCCAUCGAAAACUAAGACCCCUCGAAAAAAACUUAGUUUUCGAGGGGUCUUGAAAAAAAAAAGGAAAAAAAAUUUAGUUUUCGAGAGGUCUUAGUUUUCGAGGGGUUUUAGGUCUUAGUUCUUAGCUUACGUGAUACCCCUUUUGUUUCCGUGAGUUACGGCGAUUUGCAUAUUUGCUUAUCUAGAUUCAACGUUUAAUUUUGCAGUUCAGUAACCUGCAUGUAAACACCUCAAGUGAAAUUCACGAUCUCCAAGUUGUAGCUCCUCCAGGUUGUAAAGAUCACCUUGGCUUCUUCUUUCUUUUGAAAUAUUCCCUACCGGUCUUAGUUUUCGAGAGGUCUUAGCUUUCGUGACACCCAGCAAUUGUUCGACAAUUUGCAUGCGAUAAUUUUCAUUGACGUUUUCGUAAUUGUUUAGUGAACUUCAUGCUCAAGGACCGGCGCAUUUACGUUACCAUCUCUUUUGUUGUGGAACACGAAUGGAACAGAAGAGAAAGAUAUGCCAAUGAAUAUCAAUGACAAGUACACUUCGUCUAAACGCGUUUUUAGACUACGUAUACUAGACUAUACGAGUCUGUGAAGUCCUUAAUCUUUGAACUGCAGCUCUGCUCAACUUCGCUAGCAAGCUGGUGGUCAAGCCUGAGGCAAUUUUUAAGAGGAUAAUAACGUUCCGCAUGUUUGCCGCAUACAAGAAUAAUCGCUUUCGAAAUCCGAUGAAACCUUCUCCACGCAAAAAUGGUUAAACACUCUUUUGACUAAGACCUUAUCACAUGUGAUUAUUUAAAGCGAUCACGCUUUUGUGAAAGAAGUCGACCAAACUUAGAGUGUCAUGGAUAUGGAACAACUAAAAAGAAAUCACAUACUUGACAACAGUACCGAGAAGGAGCCAUUAAUGGAAAGUUCCAGUGAAGCGAAACCAAGAAUUCCAGUGUGUGUGUAUAUUUUCACUUUCUUCGCUGCCAUUGGAGGCUUUGAGAUGGGAUACAACUUCUCGGUUGUUUCUGGAGCAAUGAUCCUCGUAAAAGAAGAGUUUCAUUUGUCGACAUUUUGGCAAGAGCUCAUCGUUAGCGUAGCAAUUGGUACAGCCAUAGUGGGAGCACUUCUGGGAGGUUUUGUGAAUCAACGAUGUGGGCGAAAACCCACGCUUUUAGCUUGUGCGAUGGUGCUAACGAUAGGAGCCGUGGUGGAGGCAAUUGCUACAUCGAGAAAUGUUCUACUCAUUGGUCGGCUCAUAGUCGGUUUUGGAAUAGGUAAAUAAGAAAAAAGUAGGCUUUGCGUAAUAUCUGUAAUUUGUAAAUCGCUAUGCAAUAUUUGCAUAGUUAUCGCCGUAAAUCUCGGAAUCAAAAGUUCUCACAAGCUCAAGAACGGCGGUAAGUACAUUAAUGAAAGGCUCCUUAAAGCACAGGGGUCCCAAGCUCAAGAACGGCGGUAAGUACCUGAAUGAAAGGCUCCUUAGAGCACAGGCGUCUCAAGCUCACGUCUCGAGAGAAAGCGAACGAUCUUUUCAUGAAUUAAAAUUCUUAAAAAGUAUCACGCGUUGUUUGACCCGGAGCUAGUUUCGAGAGGAAUCGCUGCGAAUUUGAACACGUCAUAACGAAUAAUAGGGAGCUUAAGCAAACUACGACUGCGAAGGUAACGAGAACAAUUGCUCAGCACGUGCGUUUUAAAACUUUGUUCAUUUCUUAGCCAUCCUAUGCAAAACAACAACGUGAAAUCAACAAAAUUUGCGUCGUCUGCGAACCGAAACCGCGACGGCAAAUGAUUUUAAUUUCCAUUUGGAACUAAACGCUUCUUUUAUAAGUUAUGCUGAAGUUGAGGUGUGACGCUCUAUGAGACGGUAAACGCAUGCAGCCAAUUUUGAAAUUCUAAUCAAAGGCAGAAAUUUAUAUUUUGAUCGAAGUCUUCCUUGGCGUUGCCUUCCUGACUGCUAAAGGUCCCUGAUAUGGGGAACGAAACAUGGUCGAUUUACGACGGUAAAUAUUUCGAAAUAAUAACAUUAUACACGUAAAACUAAUAAAACCUACUCACAUUUUCUGCCGUUUUAAGCUUGCUUUGCCGUCACUGUUAUUCCUGUUAUAAGACGAAGUAACAGUGAUUCACGCCAAGCAAGCUUAAAACGGUAGAGAAGGCCGGAAACCACAACAAGAUGGGAGUAAUAUCCAUUGAUUUUAGGCGUUCAUAUUUUGAAAUAAUUAUCGACACUACAAAUGAAAAUUAUAGGUAUGCGUCUCCUCCAUUCUAGGGGUUGAAGGGUUAUGCAGCCGAAUAUCCUAUUUUGAAUAAGUUGAAAUACACUAGUUUUCGUAAAAAACUCCCUCUCAAAAACUAAGAAGAAUUUGAAAUAAAAACUAAAUUGAGUUUAUCUUUGCUUGUAAUGAUAUUCGGUGAGAUAGAUGACAAGACCUUUUUUUUUUUCUUUAAUUGUUUGCAGGAGGGGUGUCUAUGACCGUUCCAGUUUAUAUUGCUGAAAUUGCGCCAUGGAGUAUAAGAGGUCGUUUAGUCUACGUCCACUAUCUAUUUCUGGCGGGAGCUGAAUUAACUGCUGCUAUUAUUGACGGUAUAUUUAGCCCUUACAAGAAGACAGGAUGGAGGUAAAAAGAUUUAGAAUAAUUUCUUUUGUCUUGUAUGUUAACUUAUUUAGAUCACUUUCACCAAAAUCUGGUCAAAAUUUCAAAUUUAUCUUUUUUGCUCUUUAGUCAAAGAAAGCAGUUAAGUUUAAUUUGUCGAGAGAAAAUCACAACAUUUUGAAAAGAACGCGAGGUACGGCUGAAAGAGGAAACUGUAGCGAAGAGCGAAAGGACUGUCCUGAUUGUCGUAAAAUAACGGAAAUUAAACUUCUCAGUGGAAUGUCAAAUAGUUGUAAAAAAAUUGCCAAAACUUCAAAAAGUUGCCACCUAAAUUUCUUGGUACAUAAACUUAGAUUAAAAGCUCAAUUUUUUGUUGUUAACAAUAAUUGCUAACAUCGGUCAAGAAAAAUUGAUUGAAACUGGGUGUUAUUAAACUGUCGAUCAGCAGACCGCAUAAUCUGCGGAACCUGUGGAACCUGCGGAACCUACGGAACCCAUAUUUUUGCAGUUUGAGAAAAGUAAUGAGAAAUACCUCUACUUGAACGAAUUAACAUAGAUAUGUAGAUUUGUUCGCUUUCCAUGAAAACUGGCUGGAAUUUUCGUCAGAUAUCAACGCAGCAAAUAUUGUGAGGCAUAUACGAGAAUCGAAAUAUUUCUCUUCAGACGUAGGAUCAUAACAACCAAAUUAUUUUCGUUGUCCAACUUCCAAAUAGUUUUCUCAGGAACCGAUAGGAACAUCGAAAAAAGCCUCACACACUUUGUUAGACUACUAUCUGUUGAGUGAAACUGUUCAGUUUGUUUACUGGAGGUCCGCAGAAACGCCGAGGCUGGUAAUUUAGCUAGGCAAACACCGCUAGUUGUGUUUAAAGGCUCGCAUGCGCUUACCGAAUCAAAAACUGUGAGAACUUAUGUCAUUUCCUCAGUCUAUACUUGAUCUACUUCUUAGUGUUAUCUAGUUUUCUGUGGUUCUUUAAAAGUAGCGCGCGUGGGACGAUUUUUCCGAAAGGCACCCUAUUUCGUUGACAGUUGCUAUAAUUUCUCAUUUUGCAAAUAUAUCAGCCAUGGGAAGUAACGGUAAGAUGACCAAGUUAAUGUACUUUCCUCCACCGCUACACCCAUUAUCGACAAAAUUUGCAAAACAACAACAGCAACAACAACUUGAUUAGGCACAAAAGCGUGAAAUUGUAGAUAGGGCUUAUAGGAGCAUUUGCCCACUUUAUGUUGCGAAACCUCAGUAUGUGGCACAAAGCGAAUAGGUCUAAUGCUAUCAUCACCCACCCCCCCCCCACUUCUCUCCAAUUUUCCACAUAGUUUUAUCAGUUUCUCUCAUGGGUGCCUAUGUAAAACUCCUUGUGAAGGAAGACACUAGUCUCGUACCCAGGCCUUUCACGCCCAAGCCCACAUUUCAGUUACAGUUGCACAGUAGGAUCGGGGUACGAGAUUGGGGAGGAACUGAGUGAGUAAAGUACCUUGUGACCAAAACAUAACAAAGUGACCUUGUCAAGACUUGGGUACCACCCAGCAACUUGCCUGGGAUAAACUCAGGCGCCAACCGGUAACCAUAAUACUCCCUAACCAUCUUCAAGAAAUGUCUUGUAAAAUCCUACAUCUCUUUGGUAGAUUCAUGUUUGGUUUAGCUGCACUCCCGUCAGCCAUCAUGUUCGUGGGUUGUCUGUGGCUUCCAGAAAGUCCUAGUUGGCUCGUCAGUCAGGGCGCCUGUGAACAUGCAAGGGAAGUUCUCGUGAGAAUUAGAGGAACGUCAGAUGUGAACGAGGAGUUGCAAGCUGUAAAAAGCGUUUGUAAGGAACAAGAGUCUUAUGAUAAUAAAAGUAAGUUUCUCAAUUUAAUUAUUGGAGGGUUGGGUUAUUAAUUGAUACCUCUACACGAAGCGUAAAGCUCUUUCGAGUGGUUCGGUUUGAGUUUGAAUUCGAUGUGAUCCCGAGGCAAUAAUGAAGGGGAUUCCGAGUGGGAUCUAAGCGCGCAAGAUCUCGGCAGAAUUCAGAUGUACCACGGGGAAGAAUUCCGGCGUGAUCCCGUGGUGGUCCUGCAUGGGAUCCCACACUGUGCUCGAGCAGGUUCUGAGCGUGUUCAUGUAAAGUAUUUUUGCUGUUGUUCUGUUGUCAAUGCAAUGAAAUUCUAGCAUUCCGUUUUCUCAUUUUCUUCAGUGGAAAUUACCGAUCGCUGAUCAAGUUUUGUUAUUAAAACCUGAACUUUUGGAGACCUUUCACAGUGAGUUAUUUAGUGUCACAGAAACGUUUUCUGUAAAAUAAAAGGUUGUCAUUGUUGUUUUUAGGCAGAUUUUAUGAGAUGUUGACCACGUCAACUACAAGGAAAGCUCUUUUAGUUGGCAGUAUGUUGGUAUCAAUGCAAGAUCUGUCUGGGAUUAAUUUGAUUCUGUAAGUGAAACCAUUUUAUUAACUAUGCAACUUGAAAGCCCAGAAUAGAGUUCAUCUGGGCGAGCCAGGCAGAGUGCGUGGCAUAGCUUUUACUAUAGGUUGAUUGGAAGGGGCCUUUGAUGAGUUACCUUGUCAAUCGUAAAGAAUGCAUUGCAUCAAAAUAACAGGUUAGUAAGUAGAGAUAUAUAAUCUCGUUAAUAUUUCCCACUCAGCAUCUUUUCAUCACAAGUUUUGAUGUUUUUUUUUUAACCGUUGGAAAACCGUAAAUAUCCGGCACUUUUGUCGGUAUUGGGCUCAAACUUGGAAAAUCUUCAAGUGUGAUCUUACUCUUUCCAUUGUCGAGAUCGAUUUGGCGCCACAAUCCUAUUUAUUUUCUGGUCGCUCAACCCCGGCGGCAGGCGGGGUACUUUUUAGUGAUAGGCGAAUGGGGCUGUGCCGCUUGAUGAGGUCGCAUUAUCACGACUGGAUUGACUAUAGAACGGGUAAACUUUCAAUGGAGUUAUUAGAAUAAAGUCGCACGGUUUUCGGCAUUUUGAGGCAAGAAACGAUUUAAAAAUAGGAAGACUUGCGGUUUAAAAGAUCUUAUCGUGUUUUGUUUGAUAUUUAACAAUCGAUCAGCAUAAAAGGAUGACCAAUUACUUUAUAAAAUAGAAGCAUAAACAGAAAGGGACUGGGCUGAGAUUGUGAAAUUGCAUUUGCCCCAGAGUUCUCAAAGGCCAGUGGCACAUACCCAGUAAAAAUUGACUUACGUGCCUUCUACCCCGGUCUUUACAUCAAUAAUAAAGUAAAGUUUUGAUAAAAGUGUGUUUUUUGUUUCUAGAUCCUACUGUGCAACUAUUUUACAGAUGUCAGGUGUACAGGGAGACCAAGCAGCCUUCUGGCUUGCUGUGGUGAUAUAUUUUGGUAAUUUCACGUUUCCCUUUGUUGGAUUGUAUCUAGUAGAGAAAUUAGGACGCCGUAAGCUACUAUUAGGAAGUCUUGCCGGGGUCACUGUUUGCUUGUUUCUCUGUGGUGGUGCAUUUUACAUGGCGAAGCAACACGAUACCGCGAUAACCUUUAACGAGAGAGCGAUUUCUAAUAUCAGCAACAAUUGUCCUGCUUCUGGAUAUUGCUUAGAUUGCCUCAGAGUCCAAGAAAACUGUGGAUUUUGUUAUGCUAAAGACUCCUCCAAUAAUCCUAUAUAUGGUUCUUGUGUUCCAAUCAAUGUAUCUUCUAGCGACAACACGGCCGCUUUUGGUAGAUGCAGUCGAAAAGAUCAUUCCGUAACAUGGUCGUACCAAGCUUGUCCUUACAAGUAUGCGUGGUUAGCAACUUUAGCUCUCGUGUUAUACAUCACCGCGGUCGGUCUGGGGAUGGGACCGCUGCCAUGGACGAUAAAUUCUGAGAUCUACCCCCUGUGGGCCCGUAGCACGGGGUAUGGGUUUGCUACAGCUGUAAAAUGGUCUACUAAUUUGGUAUUAUCCACGACUUUCCUGUCUCUAACUGAAUGGAUUACAAGUUUCGGAGCGUUUUGGCUGUACGGGGGAAUUUCGCUUCUGGGUUGGUUGUUUUUCUUUGCUUAUCUUCCUGAGACGAAAAAUAAAUCGCCCGAGGAAUUGGAACAUUUAUUUUCAUAGCAUAUGAAAACAUUUUGUAUUCUGUCUAGUUAGUCACUUAUGGAACAAUGAAAUGGAUGAUCGAAAAAAAUCCCUGAAACUUCUCAGAGAAUAUCGUGAGAGUGUGGGAAACUACAUUAUUAGUGCCAGAUCCCUUACAGACCUCUCACCGGCUCGCGUUGCUCAAGGGCUUGUGCCGAAGCACUAAUAAUGAGGCAUGCUCGCAACGCAGUUCCCCGCUUAUGGUAACUAGACAUUUGCCACUCGUUUCAAAGUCUAGAAUACACUGGGGGGAAUUCUCAUUGGCAACCUUAUUACUGACAUUGUUAAUAAGUGGAUCAACUUGUGUCGGCCUCAGCCACAGGCAGCCCUAGCUCCAGGUGUGAAAUGAUCAUCUUGCGAACUAAGACUCAUGACGAAAAUGUAAGAGUUUGUAUGGGAAUAUUAACGACCGCUCUUGGGAAGUAAAAAUACAGUCAAUUUCUCAAUAAAUACCUCACCUUACUUUCACAGUGCAUUGCUUUUUAGUGACUGCUUACUUUAUGGCAACGAGGUCAUUUGAGCGAGUUAUCCAUUUCUAGGUUUACUACUUCCAAGUGAAGGACUUAAAUAUUCCUAUACAAACUCCAAUAUCUUGGCCAUGACUCUAAUGUCGCAAGAUGAUCAUCUCACAGCUGUAGCUUGGGCAGCCUGUGCCUCAGCUAGUUAAGUUGACGAGGACUGAGCAAGAAAAUGAAAUAACGUGUUCUAGUAGUACCUCUUUCUUCUUAGCAGAUUUUCAUAGUGUGAUAACCUACAGAUAUUUAGUGCGCAUGAUUGAAUAUUAAAAAAGGAAUGGAUUAUUGUAUACAGUCCAUAUUGUGAAAGUUUCCAGACGUUGAUAUCAAAUUGUGAAAACUCUGGCCGCCUCUUUUGCCGUAAAAAUUGGAUUGAACAAGUAAGAACGGAGUCAGGCGACGUAAGCGUACGAAGCGUGAUUUCGGGAGCUUUUUAGAAAGGUUUUCAACGGGAAUAUCUCAUGUUAUGAAUAUGUGUGUUGACUGGAGUGGUGGGCCACCUGUGGCGAAACUUUCUUUACAGGGACAUUCAACCAAGACGUGGUUUCAUGACUUUCAUGUUAUUAUUUAAAUCGAUCUGAUUUUGUUUAAGAAAUCGACCAGAAAAGCCAUCCAAUACUUUUACUUAAAAAGAACACCGAGCAAGAACCAUGACUGAAAAGUUCCAAUGAAGUGAAACAAAGAAUCCCAGCGUGGGUGGAAAUUUUCGCAUUAUUUGCCGCCCCAGUAAUUGUUGGGUGUCACGAAAGCUAAGACCUAAGACCCAAGACCCAUCGAAAACUAAGACCCCUCGAAAAAAACUUAGUUUACGAGGGGUCUUGGAAAAAAAAACAUAAACAAAAAACUUAGUUUUCGAGGGGUCUUAGGUCUUAGGUCUUAGCUUACUUGACACCCCUUUUGAUUCCGUGAUUUACGGCGAUUUGCAUAUUUGCUUAUCUAGAUUCAACGUUUAAUUUUGCAGUUCAGUAACCUGUAUGUAAAUACCUCAAGUGAAAUUCACAAUCUUCAAGUUGUAGCUCCUCCAGGUUGUAAAGAUCACCUUGGCUUCUCCUUUCUUUCGAAAUAUUCCAUGCCCAAAAGUUUUUCGAGGGGUCUUAGUUUUCGAGAGGUCUUAACUUUCGUGACACCCAGCAAUUAUUCGACAAUUUGCAUGCGAUAGCUUUCAUUGACGUUUUCAUAAUUGUUUGAUGAACUUCAUGCUCAAGGACCGGCGCAUUUACGUUACCAUCUCUUUUGUUGUGGAACACGAAUGGAACAGAAAAGAAGGAUAUGCCAAUGAAUAUCAAUGACAAGUACACUUCGUCUAAACGCGUUUUUAGACUACCUGUAAAGUAACACGCGCAUAUGCGUAUAAUACUAGACUAUACGAGUCUGUGAAGUCCUUAAUCUUUAAACUGCAGCUCUGCUCAACUUCGCUAGCAAGCUGGUGGUCAAGCCUGAGGCAAUUUUAUAAAGGAUAAUAAAUAUCUAUAAAUAUUUAUAUGUCGUGCCGUGCCUAACGUUCCGCAUGUUUGCCGCAUACAAGAAUAAUCGCUUUCGAAAUCCGAUGGAACUUUCUCCACGCGGAAAUGGUUAAACACUCAUUUGACUAAGACCUUAUCACAUGUGAUUAUUUAAAGCGAUCACGCUUUUGUGAAAGAAGUCGACCAAACUUAGAGUGUCAUGGAUAUGGAACAACUAAAAAGAAAUCACAUACUUGGUAACAGUACCGAGCAGGAGCCGUUAAUGGAAAGUUCCAGUGAAGCGAAACGAAGAAUUCCAGUGUGUGUGUAUAUUUUCACUUUCUUCGCUGCCAUUGGAGGCUUUGAGAUGGGAUACAACUUCUCGGUCGUUUCUGGAGCAAUGAUCCUCGUAAAACAAGAGUUUCAUUUGUCGACAUUUUGGCAAGAGCUCAUCGUGAGCGUAGCUAUUGGUACAGCCAUAGUGGGAGCACUUCUGGGAGGUUUUGUGAAUCAACGAUGUGGGCGAAAACCCAUGCUUUUAGCUUGUGCGAUGGUGCUAACGGUAGGAGCCGUGGUGGAGGCAAUUGCUACAUCGAGAAAUGUUUUACUCAUUGGUCGACUCAUUGUCGGUUUCGGAAUAGGUAAAUAAGAAAAAAGUAGGUUUUUCGUAAUAUCUGUAAUUUGUAAAUCGCUAUGCAAUAUUUGCAUAGUUAUCGCCGUAAAUCUCGGAAUCAAAAGUUCUCACAAGCUCAAGAACGGCGGUAAGUACCUUAAUGAAAGGCUCCUUAGAGCACGGGCGUCUCAAGGGCACGUCUCGAGAGAAAGCGGACAAUCUUUUCAUGAAUUAAAACUCUUAAAAAGUGCCAAGGGUUGCUCGACCCGGGGCAAGUUUCGAGAGGAAUCGCUGAGAGUUUGAACACGUUAUAAGGAAUAAUAGGGAGCUUAAGCAAACUACGACGGCGACGGUAACGAGAACAAUUGCUCAGCAAGUGCGUUUUAAAACUGUGUACAUUUCUUAGCCAUCUUAUGCAAAACAACAACGUGAAAUCAGCAAAAUUUGCAUCGUCUGCGAACCGAAACCGCGACGGCAAAUGAUUUUAAUUUCCAUUUGGAACUCAACGCUUCUUUUACACGUUCUGCUGAAGUUGAGGUGUGGCGCUGUAUGAGACGGUAAACACAUGCAGCCAAUUUGUUAAAUUCUAAUUAAAGGCAGAAAUUUAUAUUUUAAUCGAAGUCUUUCUUGGUGUUGCUGUCCUGAUUGCUGAAGAUCCCUAAUGUGGGGAAUGAAACAUGGUCGAUUUACGACGGUAAAUAUUUCGAAAUAAUAACAUUAUACACGUAAAAUUAAUAAAACUUACUCACAUCUUGUGUGUCCUUUGUUGUUUCCGGCGUUUUCUGCCGUUUUAAGCAAGCUAAAAACGGUAGAGAACGCCGGAAACCACAGCAAGGUGGGAGUAAUAUCUUAGGAUUUUACACGUUCAUAUUUUGAAAUAAUUAUCGACACUAAAAAUGGAAAUUAUAGGUAUGCGUCCCUUCCAUUCUAGUGGUUAAAGGUUUAUGCAGCCUAAUAUCCUAAUUUUGAAUAAGUUGAAAUACACUAGUUUUCGUAAAAAACUCCCUCUCAAAAACUAAGAAGAAUUUGAAAUAAAAACUAAAUUGUGUUUAUCUUUGCUUGUAAUGAUAUUCGGUGAGAUAGAUGACAAGACCUUUUUUUUUUAACUUUAAUUGUUUGCAGGAGGGGUGUCUAUUACCGUUCCAGUUUAUAUUGCUGAAAUUGCGCCAUGGAGUAUAAGGGGUCGUUUAGUCUCCGUCCACUAUCUAUUUCUGACGGGAGCUGAAUUAACGGCUGCUAUUAUUGACGGUAUAUUUAGCCCUUACAAGAAGACAGGAUGGAGGUAAAAAGAUUUAGAAUAAUUUCUUUUGUCUUGUAUUUUAACUUAUUUAGAUCACUUUCAACAUAAUCUGGUCAACAUUCAAAUUUUUAUUUUUUUACUCUGUAGUCAAAGAAAGCAGUUAACUUUAAUUUGUCGAAAGAAAAUCACAGCAUUUUGAAACGAACGCGAGAUACGGCUGAAAGAGGAACCUGUGGCGAAGAGCGCAAGGGUUCUCCUGAUUUUCGUAAAAUAACGGAAAUUAAGCUUCUCACUGGAAUGUCAAAAAGUUGUAGAAAAAUUUUCAAAAAUCCAAAAAAUUGCCACCUAAAUUUCUCUUGAUACAUAAACUUAGAUUAAAAGUUCAAUUUUUCGUUAUUCACAAUAAUUGCUAACAUCGGUCAAGAAAAAUUGAUUGAAACUGGGUGUUAUUAAACAGUCGUUCAACAGACCGCAUAACAUGUGGAACCUGCGGAACCUGCGGAACCCAUAUUUUUGCAGUUUGAGAAAAGUAAUGAGAAAUACCUCUACUUAAACGAAUUAACAUAGAUAUGUAGAUUUGUUGGAUUUUCAUGAAAAUUGGCUGGAAUGUUCGUCAAAUAUUAACGCAGCAAAUAUUGUGAGGCAUAUACGAAAAUCGAAAUAUUUCUCUUCAGACGUAGGAUCAUAACAACCAAAUUAUUUUCGUUGUCCAACUUCCAAAUAGUAUUCUCAGGAACCGAUUGGAACAUCAAAAAAAGCCUCACACACUUUGUUAGACUACUGUCUGUUGAGUGAAAUUGUUCAGUUUUUUUACUGGAGGUCCGCAGAAACGCCGAGGCCGGUAAUUUAGUUAGGCAAACACCGCUAGUUGUGUUUUAAUAAUUGUAAAAUCCUACAUCCAUUUGGUAGAUUCAUGUUUGGUUUAGCUGCACUUCCGUCAGCCAUCAUGUUCGUGGGUUGUCUGUGGCUUCCAGAAAGUCCCAGUUGGCUCGUCAGCCGGGGCGCCUGUGAACAUGCAAGGGAAGUUCUUGUAAGGAUCAGAGGAACGUCAGAUGUGAACGAGGAGCUGCAAGCUGUAAAAAGCAUUUGUAAGGAGCAAGAAUCUUAUGAUGAGAAAAGUAAGUUUCUCAAUUAUUGGAGGGUUGGGUUAUUGAUUGAUACCUCUACACGAAGCGUAAAGCUCUUUCGAGUGGUUCGAUUUGAGUUUGAACCCGAUGUGAUCCCGAGGCAAUAAUGAAGGGGAUUCCGAGUGGGAUCUAGGUGCGCGAGAUCUCGGCAGAAUUCAGAUGUAGCACGGGGAAGAAUUCCGGCGUGAUCCCGUAGUAGUCCUGCAUGGGAUCCCACGCUGCGCUCGAGUAGGUUCUGAGCGUGUUCAUGUAAAGUAUUUUUGCCGUUUUUCUGUUGUCAAUGCAAUGAAAUUCUAGCAUUCCGUUUUUUUCAUUUUCUUCAGUGGAAAAUGCCGAUCGCUGAUCAAGUUAAGUUAUUAAAACCUGAACUUUUGGAGACCUUUCGCAGUGAGUUAUUUGGUGCCACAGAAACGUUUUCUGUAAAAUAAAAGGUUGUCAUUGUUGUUUUUAGGCAGAUUUUAUGAGAUGUUGACCACUUCAAGUACAAGGAAGGCUCUUCUAGUUGGCUGUAUGUUGGUAUCAAUGCAAGAUCUGUCUGGGAUUAAUUUGAUUCUGUAAGUGAAACGUUUUAUUAGCUAUGCAACUUGAAAGCCCAGCAAUACUGUCUUAAUGAAGACAUUAAUUUUUCCCUCUUUAUCAAAUGAGACAAACGGGAACUACUUUUGAGUGAUAUAACUAAGCUCAGACUGCCACCGUCAUUUUGGAUUUCCGCCUGGGUAGAUUUUGGUUACGUUCUAGGCACCAUAUAAUCAAGAACAAGAUAGAAUUUCAUUUCAGGCCUAUUUAUCAAUUUUGUGGUCUAUAACAUUCGCAUUUUAGUACGUAAUAUUUAUUUUGAAUCUUCAAAUUGUCUUGAAACUUAAAAGAAAAUUGUUCUUUAAAAAUUCACUGAAAAUCGGUAGCCAAAAUUAUUUGUUUAGGUGUUAUUUGAUUUUCGUGUUAACCUGUGAUUUCGUCGAUCGCCGGCACCUUUUGUUGCUUCACACAGAAAAAAACACACGAUACGAAAUGUAAUAAUCGAUUUUGUCCCCAAUCUCACACCAUAACAGAAAAAGCUUUUGAACACCUGUAAACUCCGAGCGCUUCCGAGUAAGUGAUAUUUUUAAUGAAUCUUGGGAUUUUUUUCAUGUUCAAGGAUUGUAAAUUACAAUUUUAUGAAAAACAAAGGUUGCUCUCUUAUUUCAGAGUGAAUCCUCGCACGCCUGCCAGUCGCUGUCGCCGCUUGUUGAAACUAAAAAGAAAAAAAAAUAAACUCUUUUAAGAUUAUCAUUGGCUUCUUUUUCAACCCACUACAAUUCUUAGCAACAAAGGUCACCAUUCCGUUUACUUAUUACUCGCCAAAAACUAUCAAAUGCACUCAAAAGCCUAAAAUCGAGAAAAAGUUUACAGGAAUCGACCAAUCCAGCGAGCGAGUACCAUUCUCACAUCAUAUCUACAACUCGCUCUUGCGCAUGCGCGCAAUUCACGAGUUAAAAAUGGGAAGACUUGCAGUUUUAAAGUUGUUAUGGUGUUUUGCUUUGAUAUUUAACAAUCGGCUCGCAUUAUAGGAUGGUCUACUUCUUUAGAAGGUAGAAGUAUAAACAGAAAGGGUCUAGGCUGAGAUUGUGAAAAUUGCAUUUGCCCCAAAGUGACUAAGAUGGGGUCUAUGAUCUGCUGAAGAGUUAAUUAUAGGGAGGAAGAAGUUCUUAAAGGCCAACGGCACAUACCCAGCAAAAAUUGACCUACGUGCCCCCUACCCCUGGCCUUCACAUCAAUAAUAAAAUGAAAUGUUGAUAAAAGUGUGUUUUUGUUUCCAGAUUCUACUGUGCAACUAUUUUACAGAUGUCAGGUGUACAGGGAGACCGACCGGCCCUCUGGCUAGCUGUGGUGAUAUAUUUUGGUAAUUUCACAUUUCCCUUAAUUGGAUUGUAUCUGGUAGAGAAAGUAGGACGCCGUAAGCUACUAUUAGGAAGUCUUGCCGGGGUCACUGUUUGCAUGUUUCUCUGUGGUGGUGCAUUUUACAUGACGAAGCAACACGAUGCCGCGAUAACCUUUAACGAGAGAGAGAUUUCUAAUAUCAGCAACAAUUGUCCUGCUACCGGAUAUUGCUUAGAUUGCCUUGGAGUCCGAGAAAACUGUGGAUUUUGUUAUGCUCAAGACUCCUCCAAUAAUCCUAUAUAUGGUUCUUGUGUUCCAAUCAAUCUAUCUUCUAGCGAGAACACGGCCGCUUUUGGUAGAUGCAGUCGCAAAGAUCAUUCAGUAACAUGGUCGUACCAAGCUUGUCCUUACAAGUAUGCGUGGUUAGCAACUUUUGCUCUUGUAUUGUACAUCGCCGCGUUCGGUCUGGGGAUGGGGCCGCUGCCAUGGACGAUUAAUUCUGAGAUCUUCCCCCUAUGGGCCCGUAGCACGGGGUAUGGGUUUGCUACAGCUGUAAAAUGGUCAACUAAUUUGAUGCUAUCCAUGACUUUCCUGUCUCUUACUGAAUGGAUUACGAGUUUCGGGGCGUUUUGGCUGUACGGGGGAAUUUCGCUUCUGGGUUGGUUGUUUUUCUUUGCUUAUCUUCCUGAGACGAAAAAUAAAUCGCUAGAGGAAUUGGAACAUUUAUUUUCAUAGUAUAUGAUAACAUUUUAAAUUUUUUCUAGUUAGUCAAAUUAAUUUUUUAUCAGAGAACUCAGAAGUAGCUGCAAAAGGGAAGUACCAUCCAGUAAUAGAGGAGCCGAGAUUGGAGAUCGUUUUUUAGUGAUCAUUUGAUGAAUUUGAUAAAGUAUGUGCACUUCUUUUUAAGCACAAAUUUGUAUUUUUAACCAAAGUGUUCACCUGGGAGUUUAGCAUCAUGUGCACUCUUGGAAGCCUUGUUUAAGUUAUUGGUCAAUAAUUGAUUGUUUAUGGAGAGAUAGUCAGUCAAACAGUUGACCAAUUAAUAACCAAUAGACUGUACUCAAUAUUUAUCAAAUUGCCAGCAUAUUAACUCACAUGAGAUUUUGAGAGAACAUGGGAAAAGUUUGUCAAUCACAAUUUAAUGGUGGGUGAUUUACAAAUUUUUCAAGUGUUUCACUGAUAUCACAUAUGGUUUACUAGGGAUCUAAACCUAAGAAAAUGCUAUCUAUUGCUUCUGUAAAAUUUGUUUCAAGUUUACUGGUAAAAUUAAUAGUGGUUUUUUGACUCACUAAGGCAUGCACAAUAUUUUGGGUAUUUUUUAACAACUGAUAAUCAACCCACAGUCAACUGUUGAUCAAUGGACAUGGGUUGGUUGACCAAUAUAUAUUUUGAUUGGCUGUCAACCGACCAGUAUUUAGAUGAAGGCUGUCAUUAAUACACUCAAUGUGGAGUUUCUUAAAUAAAGUACAAAGCUAUUUUCAUGCAUACAUAUAUGCAGUAGAAUUUGAGCUGGCAUGGAAUACCUAACCCUGCUUGUUGGAAGCUAGUCAUGUAAUAUUAUAAGUUUCCACAUGUAAUAUCUUAGAAUUUAAUGAUCCUGCUGAUUUGAAGUAUUUUGGAAAUGGUAUCCAAGCCAGAAAGUUGUUAGAAAUUUUUGGCUCUUCUGCUGCAUUCUCUUUGGUGGUGUUGUAUGCAGCUAGUGCUUUCGCACCCACCUGCUCAUUGCCUCAACCACAAUCUUAACCAGGGCAGGCAAUGAGUGGCAUAAGUAUUAAGUGGAGAUGGUGAACUGGUUACCUAUCUGGACAUUUCAUUUAACCUUCAGACAAGCCUUACAGUAUGCAUGUGUAAAAGCAAAUGUCCAUUUGCUACAGCUGUAAAAUGGUCAACUAAUUUGAGUUAUCAUAGUAUACGAUAAGAUUUUAAAUUUUUUCUAGCUAGUCAAAUUAAUUUUUUAUCAGAGAACUCAGAAGUAGCUGCAAAAGGGAAGUACUAUCCAGUAGUAGAGGAGCAGAGAUUGGAGAUCGUUUUUUAGUGAUCCGCAAUAACUUAGAUUCCUUUGUAUUAAAGCUUAUUUGCGUAUGCACUGUUAGCUUUUGGUGACUAAAAAUUUUGCUUGCUGAUCGCCAUACGUACCAAAUGUAAUUUAGUGUGAGAUGAAAAUAAAUAAAGAUAGCGUGCUCUUUUAUUCUUCACUUCUGAAUUUUUUUCUUGGCGAUGUUGUUACUACACUAGCUCAGUUGAACAAGUUCAAACAAUGAAUAACAAAAUUCAGGGAUAUAGGAUUAGAAGAAGCCGAAAAAAAAAAAAUAAAAAAAUAAAGAGUAGAUUACGAACUUAUGGACCUGCAUUGCGCUGAGCUGGAAAAAGCGGUCUUGGAAAGCGUUCUGGCGUCCACCCGCCUCAAAAAUGGCGCUUGUUCUGGUUUCGAUACUCGAAAACCAUUACACGCGAAAGAAAAUAAUUAAUUAGCGAAAGCAUUUUUAUGAGCGUUUUUAUUUUCGUAGUUUUUGUUGCUUUCUGUGGCUUCAAAAGACUGGUUUGAAAAAGCGUUUAAAAUUUUGCACCCCAUAUGUUUCGCGAACUCAUUACUCACUCACUAAGGUUCUCUGAAUAGACUCCAAGGAGUCAGCUGAUUGAUCUUGCCUCGAUUUCAUUAUUGCUCGAAAAACGCGGGAAAAUUGUGUCACGUGAACAGAUCAGCCGGAGAAGACGACAGCAUGGCGGUAAGUGAGUUGUUCAUUGCAGAACACAUUGAUUUUACUUCGUUAAAGCAAAGCCUCCUUCUCUUGAUUUACCGUCGAUUUUCAUUGCUUUUGCAAAAAAAAGUUCAGAUAUCUCAGUUUGUAACCGCUUUGAUCGUUUUUGAGACAGUUACCGAGCAUGCUUUCUCCUUGCAGAAUGAGUUCUAUCGAUCGAUCAUUCAAAUUCACAACAUGCGAAGACAUGAUCGAUUACUUCAGAAUUUAAAUCUUUAAAGCUUUUGAUGUUGGCUGUGUCCAACUUUCCAUAAUGAAAUCGCUUUUGGUAGAGAGUAAAUGAGCCUGAAGUACACGAAUUGUACAAAAUUUGUCAAGGCUUCAUUUGUACGGUUUCGCGCUCAAGUUGUCGUAGACCUCCAACAGAUCUUUCCUUUUUGAAAUUAUUUUUAAAGAAAGAGAGUCUUUGAUUGAAAUUUCAGAUCACUUUUCGAGUCGCGUUACAAAUUCCCUUCGCAAACUUAGAUGAAAAUGUAGGGAAGCAAAAAGGAGAGUUUGCGUAUUUAUCAGUAUUUUUCUCAAACUCGAUAGGAAUCUUCAAGCAGUAUUGGUGUACCCAGCAGUCCUCACAGAGCAGAUGGCUUGACGUCAAGUCCAGGAAGGGAUCUGCCACCGUUUGAAGAUGAAACAGAUGCAGUCCUUGGUAAUGAUGAUGUGGGAGAGGAAGAGGAAGGGGAGGAAUUGUUUGGUGAUCGAAUGGAACAGUGAGUUUCUUUGAACUUUUUUUUAUAAUUUUCAUAGUUAGAUCUGUUGAUUUGAGUGGUAAGAAUUUAAUCCAGUACUGAGAGCCUUGCUAGAUUUGACAGAAUCAUGUGCAGUUAAGGGAAAAUUUUAACCCUUUCACCCCAAUAUUUAAAUAGUAAUUCUCUAUACUGUUUGCCAUAAAUUACACCUUUUAAGAGGUUGAGAUGUGAAAACUAUUAAUGCCAUUUUUAUUUCAAUGAACAGAGAUUACCGUCCAAUUCCAGCCCUUGAUGUCUAUGAUCCUGCUGCAUUAGAUGAUGAGGACUUUGAUGAGAUGACACCAGAAGCUCGGCAGGAAGCUGAGCGUCUCAUGAGGAAGAGGGACAGAGAAGAAGCUGCUGCAAGAGGAAGACUUCAUAGGGGACUUCUUUAUGGUAUUUACUGAAUAUUUGAUAUUUUUGUUUAUUUUGUAAUAGAAGUAAAGUUUUGUCCUUACUUGUUUACAAAGGAGAGAUUAAAAUAGAACUUGUGAGAUCAUUGCCAUUGUCUGUUUAGCUGGUAAGCACUGUUUUUGAUGCUAAUAAUUACUUUUCUGAGCUUCUAUAUUUCAAAUUUAUUCCUGAGGGAGCAUGCUCCCAGACACCCCCAAGGGGAGAAGGGUGAGGAUUGUGGUCUUAUGGCAAUGGUCAUAACUGACAUUUUAUGGCUCGCUCAUCAAACAUGUGUCACUCAUGACAUUAACUCAUUUAUAGAUGAAACAGAUGAAGAAGACGAGGAACAACCAAGACGCAGACGUAGACUUGCAGAAAGGGCUGCUGAUGGUGACAUGCAAGACGAAGAUGAGGUACAGGGGAUCAACACCUUACUAAAAAUUAUUUCUAGUUAUAAUUAAAUAUUAGUAAAGUGGAUUUGAUGUAGCUUAGAAAGGGAUAUUUUUGUUUUUGUCUGACAAAAUCCCAUGAUAUGUCUACUUAAACCUACAGACAUCAAAUGGAGGCAUGGCUUGUAGUUCUGAUUUUUAGUUAAUCAUUUUGUUCAAUUGAUGGUCAUAAUUUAUCAACAAAUCUUCUCAUGGCAAGCAGAAUAAUGCAAGUCAAUCUGUGAGACUUAAUUCACUUAUCCAUUACGCAAGAUCAAGGCCAUGUAUGCCAGUCAGUCCAAGAUUGCGUUGAAAAGCUAGAACAGUCUGGCUUCAGAUCCACACCUGUGGGAUACCAUGAAACCUACAGGGCUAGCAGUUUCAAAUGAAUCUGUCAAUGAUAAAGUUGACCCAUUUUUUGUUUUCAUUUAUCUCUUUAUAGCUCAUUGAAAGCAUAGAAAACCUUGAAGACAUGAAAGGACAUUCUGUUCGCGAGUGGGUGUCCAUGCAGGCUCCACGCCUUGAGAUCAAGAACAGAUUUAAACAGUUUCUGCGUUCCUUUGUUGAUGACCAAGGAAAAAGUGUGUACAGAGAGAAAAUUUCGCAGAUGUGUGAAGGUAAUUGUGAUCAAUCCUUUCAGAUCAAAAUGCAUAAUCUCCAUUCUGUUCUCUGUAUAUUUGGCAUGGCACUGAUAAUAAGAGGUUGUUUUAAAAUCAAGAGCAUUUUUAGUUGAGGAUCAUUUUCCUUAUUCUCAUGACCCUACUGUUUGACUCAGAGGUUUGACUGUAUGGAGAAAUUAGAUGCUUGUCAAUGGUGGGCAGUUUAGACCAUUUAAAGGUUAAGAUAAUAUCUUCCUGUGCAUAAAAUGCUGCUUCACCUCUACAAAAUAAACUAAACCUGAAUCCUCUACCAAUCCUUAUUUUUGUGACCUGUUCACUUACACUUGUUAUACAGUAGAAAAUUAUUGAAAUUGUUAAUGAACAGUUUGUGGUAUAAUACUAUCACAGGGUUCAAAACCCAAAAUAGUUUAUAUUCUUGAAGGAAAUAAAGCAUUCAUGAUGUUGAUUUUUUAAGUUUUUUUUUGUCUGUAGCAAACAAACAAAGUCUUGUAAUUGAUUACAACAUUCUUGCCAAUGAGCAGCAAGUUCUGGCAUACUUUCUUCCUGAAGCCCCAUCUGAAGUCCUGCAAAUCUUUGAUGAGGUAAAAUAAAUGUUGUCAUGAUUGUAUAGUUUGUUUGAAUUUUCAGAUUCAUUACAGUCACUAGUGAUAAUUUUUAAACCAUUUCACUCUUAAGAUCGCUUUAGUAAUUCUCCUUACUGUCUGCCAUACAAUUCUUAUGAUGUUUGUUCAGAGAACUUAGUAUUUAUCACUUGUCUGCUUGAUAUCGUAUUAACUUGGCCAUCCAUGAUAGUUAAAGGUUUAACUAAAGGAAAUAGCUGCCUCUUAUUUUCCUUGUAAAUUAGUCAAGAUAAUUUUGAGUUAGAGAUUCAGUCUCUAGCAGUUCAAAGUGGGUGUUGAUCCAUGCUCAAAACAUUUUGAGUUUGUUUCAAUCCAAGCUGGGUAUGGUAAUUAUUUCAACAUUGAAUAUUCAGGGUGCCAAAGAAGUGGUUCUUGCCAUGUUUCCAAACUAUGAUCGUAUAACAAGUGACAUUCAUGUGAGAAUAUCUGAUCUUCCUUUGAUGGAGGAACUUCGAUCAUUAAGGUAUCAAUAAUUUAUUUGUUCUGUUUUGUUUUGGUUUUUCUUCUGGGAGAGGAGUCUUGUUUAAUUAGCCUUAUCUGUAAUUUACAAGACUUGAAUGUAAGAUCUCAAAGCUAUAAUAAUAACUGUCAACUCAAGAGUUAAGGUGCUAGAUUUAGGAUAAUCUGGUUUUAUCAAAUGAGUUGAAAAUGUAAAUCAGCCUCUGUAAAGAGUUAUCCCUUUGCCAGAGGUAAUGAUGCCAUUAAUAUCUGCCGUUAAUGGUGGCCGAUUUACUUUAUCAACUCAGUUGAUAAAACAAAAUUGUUGUGUGAUACCCCUCCCCAAUACAGCACCACAGUUUCUUCAGAAAUUUUCCCCCUUUUCUUCAUUUGCUAGAUUCAGGGCUGAGAGGUUUGGUGUAAGUCCUUUGUUGUUUUUGCAGUUCUUUCUCCACUCAGGGUUAUCCAUGGUAAACCAGCAAAACAAUCAGAGAAAAUUGACUGAAUGGAAUGGUUGGGGGAGGGGUGGGAGGGAAACGGUGGGUUUAACUGAUCUAGUAUAUCACCCAGGAGUGAUGCACAUUAUAAAAUAAAAUUUCAGUUAAGAUGCUCAGCUCUUCAACCAGUCUUCAACAUUUUGCAAGUGUUUUUUUUUCUUUUUUCCAGGCAACUACACGUGAACCAACUAAUCCGAACUUGUGGUGUGGUCACCAGUAGCACUGGAAUCCUUCCUCAGCUUAGUAUGGUGAAGUAUGACUGUCAGAAGUGCUCCUUUAUUUUGGGGCCUUUCUACCAAUCAGCCAAUCAGGAGGUGAAGCCAGGGUCAUGCCCAGAGUGUCAGUCACGUGGACCUUUUGAGAUAAACAUGGAUCAGGUAUGAUGUGAUCAGGAACUUGAAAUUAUGCUGGGGAGCUACCUGUUGUAGACUACCUUUCCACUGAGGUGGGAAAAGAUCUAUUUCCAGCUUCCUCAUGCCUCAAAAACCAGGGAUAAGCAGUGAAAACUGUUUGCCUCUUGGCUACACGACUUGAACCUGAUAUUGUAUUAAUGACAAGAUUUUGUCCUCUUAACACACUGCCUUUAAGCAAAUUGUGUUGCCUAAGAUUCUAGUCUUUUUUUUUUUUCUGAAUUUUGGUUAGCAGUGUUUUCCUUCCAUUUCUUACAGACUAUUUAUCAGAACUUCCAAAAAAUCAAGAUUCAAGAGAGCCCCAGUAAAGUUGCUGCAGGCAGACUUCCAAGAUACAAAGAUGUCAUCCUUACUGGUGAUCUAGUGGACAGUUGCAAACCAGGAGAUGAGAUUGUAAGAGCCACAGAAAACCUCAGUUCUGCUAUUGACAGUUUCAACUAUUUAUUAUUUUCAACUAGGUAUAUUGGAUAGGUACAGUUGUAUCUCGUGCGUAAAAAAAUCAGUAUACCAGUAGCCUCUCCCCUCCCUCCCUAAUCAGGCCUGUCUACUGCCUAGACUUUAGUGCACUCAACAUGUGAUAUUUACCUUUUCUUUGUUUCAAGUUAUCAUAUUCAUUGUUGCAGGAACUCACAGGAAUUUACAGAAUAAACUAUGACACAAGCCUGAAUCGUUCAAAUGGUUUUCCAGUAUUUGCAACAGUGAUAGAAGCCAAUUACAUCACCAAACAGGAUGACAAAUUAGCAGUUACGAGUCUGACUGAUGAUGAUAUCAAGGCAAUCAUUGAGUUAUCAAAAGAGGAGAGAAUUGGUGAAAAGGUAUAAUUAGUUUAAAUUUGUUUAUUUUUCCAGAAGCUUAGAGUUACCAAAGAUAAAUCUUGUAUUUUUUGGUAGGACUUGUUUUGAGGGAUAGGGAACAUAUGUAGCUUAAAAGUUUUAUUCACUGUCUUGAUUUAGAUUAUCAACAGCAUUGCACCAUCCAUAUAUGGUCAUGAUGACAUUAAGAGAGCGAUUGCUCUUUUGCUGUUUGGAGGCGUGGCCAAAGAUCCAGGUAAGGAUGGAGGACUACAUUACUAUGAAAUUAUCUGCAUUAUUAGUCGACAUAAAUCUACUGAGUGCUAUAUCAAUUGGAUGUGUGUCUAAAACUUAACAUCUGAGCUGUUGUAGUGUAUUUUUUUUUUCCUGCUUUUUUUGGAUGAGGAUUUAUGUUUAAACAUUGUAUAGUCUGAUUAUCUAGGUUGAGAGGAGUCCUGAAAAAGAUUCUUUUCAGGAGUACUGUCUGACUCUAUGACAAUCUCAGGGGAUGUUAUGAUCAGAGUCAAGUUAAGAGUCUUUUGCCAGUUGAUUUUUUUUUUCCAAGAAAACUCAUAGGUCAAUUUUGCUGGAACCAGACUUAGAACAUACAUCUGACAAACAACCUCUUGACUCUGAUGACAAUUUCUCCUCAAACAUCAGCUACUUCAAGGGACAAGAGUCCUUUUCAGAACUCCCCCCUCCCCUCCUCCAAAUGAUUAGACUGUAUAAUGAAAUGUUACUUGCAGGCUCAAACUACAUCUAUGUAGAAGAAUUUCAAUAGGCAUGAAAUUGUGUAUGGAAACACUGGAUUGUAUUCUAACAUUCAGAUAUUUUUGUGUGAGUAAUUGCAGAUUUCCUUAACUUGGGCAAUAUAUAUUAGCAAUAUAUGUAGACAUCAAAUUUUGUAUGAAGGCACUAGAUUAUAUUAUAACAUUCGGAGGUUUUUAUGGGUAACUCAGAGGUGCCCAGAUUUCCUUUAAUCCAGGCAAUGUAUGUUGGCAAUAGGCCUGAUUUUGUAUGAAUUAAGACACUGAAUUGUAUCAAAACAUUCAAAGAUUUUGGGUAAGUAACUGCAGAUUUCCUUUAACCUGGGCAAUAUAUAUUUUUUUUAAGGUGGAAAGCACAAACUUCGAGGUGACAUCAACAUCCUUCUAUGUGGUGAUCCAGGAACAGCUAAGUCUCAGUUUCUGAAAUAUGUGGAGAAAGCAGCUCAGAGAGCAGUGUUUACGACUGGUCAAGGUGCAUCAGCUGUUGGAUUGACAGCAUAUGUUCAGAGGCAUCCAGUCACUAAAGAAUGGACACUUGAGGCUGGUGCAUUGGUGUUGGCUGAUAAAGGCGUCUGUUUGAUUGAUGAAUUUGAUAAAGUAUGUGCACUUCUUUUUAAGCACAAAUUUUUAUUUUUAACCAAAGUGUUCACCUGGGAGUUUAGCAUCAUGUGCACUCUUGGAAGCCUGGUUUAAGGUAUUGGUCAAUAAUUGAUUGUUUAUGGAGAGAUAGUCAGUCACACAGUUGACCAAUAAACAACCAAUAGACUGCACUCAAUAUUUAUCAAAUUGCCAGCAUAUUAACUCACAUGAGAUUUCAAGAGAACAUGGGAAAAGUUUGUCAAUCACAAUUUAAUGGUGGGUGAUUUACAAAUUUUUCAAGUGUUUCACUGAUAUCACAUAUGGUCUAUUAGACAUCUAAACCUUAGAAAGUGUUAUCUAUUGUUUCUGUAAAAUUUGUUAAAGUUAACUGGUAAAAUUAAUGGUAGUUUUUUGACUCACUAAGGCAUGCACAAUAUUUUGGGUAUUGUUUAACAACUGAUAAUCAACCCACAGUCAACUGUUGAUCAAUGGAUAUGGGUUGGCUGACCAAUAUAUAUUUUGAUUAGCUGUCAAUUGACCAGUAUUUAGAUGAAGGCUGUCAUUAGAACACUAAUUGUGGAGUUUCGUAAAUAAGGCACAAAGCUAUUUUCAUGCAUACAUAUAUGCAGUAGAAUUUGGGCUGGCAUGGAAUACCUAACCCUGCUCGUUGGAACCUAGUCAUGUAAUAUUAUAAGUUUCCACAUGUAAUAUCUUAGAAUUUAAUGAUCUUGCUGAUUUUGAGUAUUUUGAAAAUGAUAUCCAAGCCAGAAAGUUGUCAGAAAUUUUGGGCUCUUCUGCUGCAUUCUCUUUGGUGGUGUUGUAUGCAGCUAGUGCUUUCGCACCCACCUGCUCAUUGCCUCAACCACAAUCUUAACCAGGGCAGGCAAUGAGUGGCAUAAGUAUUUAGAGGAGAUGGUGAACUGGUUACCUAUCUGGACAUUUCAUCUAACCUUCAGACGAGCCUUACAGUAUGCAUGUGUAAAAGCAAAUGUCCAUUUGCAAGUAGCAUAUUAAGCUAAGACUACAGCAUAAUGCAAGAAAAUCUUUUUGUGCGAUGAUCCAAAAUUUUUAUGAUUUUUUACUAUAGAUGAAUGAUGCAGAUCGUACAAGUAUUCAUGAAGCCAUGGAACAGCAGAGCAUAUCAAUCUCCAAAGCUGGCAUUGUGACCUCACUGCAGGUGAUUUAAAAAACUUUCAAUUCAAUCGGAUAAUUGAGUUUUUUUUUAAAAGAGCUUUUUUAUGCACAGAGUUGCUUAUCUUGCUUACUAAGGUUUUUUUUCUCUGGUGAUUGUUUUUUUAUAGGCUCGUUGCAGUAUAUUAGCUGCUGCAAAUCCAAUUGGUGGGCGUUAUGAUCCAUCCAUGACUUUUGCUGAAAAUGUAAGUUACUAUUUCUUCAGAAGAGAAAGCCUUAAUUUUACCUCACAAGGUAAUAGCGCCACUUGCAGACUCCUACAAUAUACCCUUGAGAUUGUGGCCAAAUGGUAGUCUACUAUUUUGCGGUUGAACUCUGAGGGGUUCGCAAUUAAGUCCACUUUUGGAUAAGACACUUUACCUCCAUAAUGCCUCUUAUCUAAGAGUGUGAGCUGGUUUUGGUUGGUUGAUGAGCAGAGCAUAGGGGCAGAUCUAGGAAUUUUUAAUUGAGGGUCCCAGUUGUGAUUUGGAUAAUUCUUUUAUUGUCAUUUUAAUGAUUUUUUUUUUGUUAUCAAGAGCCAUAAGAAGCCAAGGAAUAUGUCAAAAUAAGUUAAUUUUAAAUACUUCAAGUUGAAUAGUAAUAUGCCAUCCUGUCUUUGGAAGAAUUUUGGUAUCAGACAAGUAGUAUAAGUACUUCCAGGUCUGAUGGGAGAGGGUGGUGGGGGGGGGCGGAUGGAACUCUCUGGACCCUCCCUUAGAAUCUGCCAUCAGAGGACUCUAAUAACAUAAUGUGAGGGUAUCUGUGAUUUUUCUUUCUUCAGCUGCCUAUAGCCUGCCUUUAGACUGUGGUCAUGCUCUCAUGUUUGGAUGUUGCCUUACUCUCCCCCCUCCUUUUCCAGGCACAGCUGCCCAUUACACCUAUGGCAGCCUCUUAUGGGAAAAAAAUUAUUGCAACCUCAGGAUCCCAUGAAUCAUUGCAAGCUUGGUUUGAACUCUGGUCUUAGCAGCCCUCUAUACACUAUCCUUUUCAUUCUUGUCUGCUAUAAUAGGUUGAUCUGACUGAGCCAAUCCUUUCUCGUUUUGACAUUCUCUGUGUUGUCAAAGAUACAGUGGAUCCUGUUCAGGUAAAUUAACUCUUAAAUUCCCUAGGUUAAUGAACUUGUAAAUUCUCCCUAUAACUUCAAAAUACUAUGGAGCAAAUAGGUGAUGAGAAAAGGUGAACUGAUCAGCAAGAGGGUGUCAUCUUGUCAUGAUACCAACCUCUUGUAUCAUUUACAAGGAAAUGUGUAGUACCUAGAAUGGGGAAAUACUGAAUAGAUCUGCGCUGGGUUGUUCAAAGCUGGGUUGAGAUAACCCAGGAUUAGUGUGAAGUCUGAUUUCAGAUCUGAAAGCUUUCAAAGAAAAUUCAAUAUAAUUCUUUUUGUUAACAAUUUGACGGUUGGAUGCUCCAUAUAGAAUAGAGAAAAUUAUCUCAAAAAGGCUUCGUCACAAGCCUCUGACACUCCUAUGCACAAAAUCUCAUAAGAUAAACGUGUCCUUAGCCAUGUUAGGUCAUUGCGUUUUGUACUUCAGUUUUGUGCGUGAUUUUGCAGGAUGAGAUGUUGGCUAGGUUUGUCGUGAACAGUCACGUGAAGCAUCAUCCAAAUGCCGUGAACAGUGAGGAGAAUGAUGACGAGGACACGGAAGAGGUACGCGUAGAUCAUAACUUUAGUUCAACAAGAAUUAACUAAGCCAUGCUUAGAGGGACAUUAGGUUGGAUCAACAAGAGUUUUUAAUGAGAAAUUCACUCUCUGGCGUGGUAAGGAGGCUCUUGGCAAGAAUGCAUUGAAUGCCAGUAAGGAAGCCGUCUUGCUUGUUUGUCCUAAUCUAAAUCAUUGGGGAGCCUUUUGUUGUUAGAAGGUUUUCUUUUUUUUUCCGACUUAAAGGAAGCCUGCGAGUUGGCAGGACGUUCGUUUCACCGCUCGCGGAAAGAUUUGAGACCAGUCGGGGAGAAGUUUGCUGGAGGUGUGGCACUAAUCAGUGCUAGAACCCCAGCUGACCUAUCGCUGGCUCGCGUGGCGUAAGGCCUCAUACUUUCCCACGGGCGGAGAAGCCCCAAUGAAAAGGAUCUUCCCGGACGCUACCCAAGGGGAUGUCGAUAUGCAGAUACCUUAGGACCCCUUAGUUACAAUUUCUUUGAGAGCUGCUGUCAUAAUAUUUAGCAGUUGUAAGUUUUAAAUUCCUUGUCUCUUGUUGCAGAUUUCUCCCCUGAGUGGAAAGGAGACUAUUCCGCAAGAAAUGCUGAAAAAGUACAUCAUAUAUGCGCGCGAGAAGAUUAACCCUAAACUGCACAACAUGGAUCAGGAUAAAAUCGCCAAAAUGUUUGCUGAAUUAAGAAAGGAGUCAAUGGUGAGACAAAAUUUUAUCAUAUUUUAUUUUAAAACCGGUUCGCAUCGUCUUAAAUUCUUAGGAAAAGUGUGGAAAUUUGGAAAACAAUGUUUAUGACCCGCGAAAAGGGUUGAAGCUGAAAAAAAGUCAAGGAGAGGCAAGAUUUUUCUCUAAGCUUUAAGAAGAGCUUGAUUACGGAGCGAGAUCUGCAUUAGUUCUCUGUUCCGUGGCCAAACUUUUCAUAAGCGCCGUUGGAGAAUUGGCAACUGCGCUCUUGCUAGGGCCAUGUGAUUUGCCUAGUAACCUUAACCCUUUAACUCCCACGAGUGAUAAAGGCAGAAUUUCUCCCUUCGAUAUCAAUACAGAAUCAAGCAGACCAGUGGUGAGAAUUAAAAAAAUAUCAAUAGAUGAUUAUCCGAAUAACAUCAUAAGAAUUGUGUGGCGGAUAGAAAAGAGAAUUACUAAAAAGACCAUGGGAAUGAAAGGUUUUAGAACGUAAAGCGAAAACAGUGGUCUUAAAAAAAUUCGAAAAGUUGUUUGAGUCUUGGAAUUUGAAAUUGCAGUUUAUUAGACCGAAAUGAAUUUAAACGUUUUCAGGCCACUGGUUCUAUUCCUAUAACUGUGCGACAUAUCGAAUCCAUGAUCAGAAUGGCUGAAGGACACGCGAAGAUGCACCUGAGGGAAUACGUCACCGAAGAUGACGUCAACAUGGCAAUUAGAGUCAUGUUGGAGAGCUUUAUUGACACCCAGAAGUUCUCUGUUAUGAGGAACAUGAGAAAGGUAUGUUUAAAAACUUUCUACGCAACUUAGCUUGCGAGAAAGCGAAGUUGUGAUUUACACGGUUUUUGCCACCUCACCAGUCGAGGUUAGGCUAGUUCGUUGCUCUGGUAAGUCGUAUACCAGAUUCGCAAAUGACAAGUGCAGUUCUGCCAUAUGUCAGAAUCAUCUCCUACAAGUUUCCUGUACGCUUGUGAGAUCAGCAGUUUUGAAAGCGUUUUGUGAAGAUUGAUUCUAAAAGAUGCUUAACGCUCUGUUCGUCGACAAAAGAAAGACGCAAAAACUUUUGACACAAGCGUGGUUCAAGUUCCUUCAAUUCAUUUUCUUAAGUGGCAUUUUCGUUUUCAAUGCGUUGAACUUUUUCAAUCUGGUCUCACUACCCCUGCAAAGCACUCUGAUAAAUUUCGGUGAGAGAGUGAUGUUUUCGACCAAUCAGAUCAAUCGAGUUUCAAAUAGGACCAAUCCCACCAUGCCUAAGAGAAGAUGAUCUAUUUAUCCUCAGUUCUGAUUGGUUAUUUGAUUUCUCCAUGUUGCCGCUUUCAUAUUGAAUCCGCUGAUAUCAGUGUACGCCCAGUUCCCGCUAAAGACGCCACUUUCCCGCCACACCUAAACUGAUUUCUCUACUGACUGGUUCAUUAAUAGAGAUUUGUGCUGAUUAACGAAAAGGGAAUCUUCAGUCAAUGUUUCGAGUGUUUUAUUGCAAAUGUUAAUAAGGAAACUCUGACAAAAGCUGUGUUGUUUCUUUGUUUUAACAGGCGUUCUCUCAGUAUCUGGCUUAUCGCCGUGACAAUAACGAGUUACUCCUGUUCGUACUGAGGCAGUUGGCCAAAGAACAAUAUACCUUCUCCCGCAGUCGAUAUCGCAGCGAACCCGAUGUGAUUGAAAUUCAAGAAGACGAAUUCACAGAUAGGGUAAGCUUCGCUGAAUUCAGUUGUUUUUCGUUUACUCCGGUUUGUCAUGGGUUUUGCUUCACCUCGUACCAUGAUUGGUCUAGAAAACUCACGCCAUCCUCUCAACCAAUCAAAUGCAAAAUUAAAACCUAUCGCGUCCUGGUCUCUCAAGUUUUCCCGCGCUUUAGGCUGGUUGCAUGUUCUUAUAUUGGGUUUUCAUAGGCAACUUGUGAUACUACCUUCGUUUUUAUUUGUCACUGUGAUUUUACUCUAGUUCUCUCGAAAACUUCGUUGUUUCGACCUUAGUGUGUGUUUCCAUCAGAUAUCCUCACUUGAACCAAUCCAACAAUUGUUACUUGAUUAAGGCUAUCACGUUGAGGUCUGUUGUAGCCUGAACUAGGCCCGCAGUCAGCGGACAUGCGAACAAAAAACAGCGGAGGUUUGAGAAAGGGUUUUUAUUUUCUAAGCUCAAAAGGCUGGUUAUUUACACGCGGUUUGGUUAAAAAACGGCUAAACUUUGUUUGAAUAACCGGCCCUAAGUCUAUCGUUCGCCUUUACUUUUAAAUCGUCAUCCCUCACUGAGAAUGUAGUACAGGCUUAUCCUGUUGCAAUUGGUGUAUCGAUCUUAAAUUUCUUCCUUUUCUUUUACAGGCCAGGCAAAUAAAUAUCACUAGUUUGGGAUCGUUCUACGAGAGCCCAAUGUUCACAUCUAACAGAUUCAUCCACGACAAGAAACGAAAGCUCAUCAUUCAAACACUGUGAUCUUUUACUUCACGAGAACGAUUGUAUAACCUUAGAUCGGAACUGUUUUGGUACCAUACCAAUCACACACUCCUUUUGGGGUUGACUGGGUUUAUAUGAAAUAGUUGCAUCUUUUCUCAUUCAAGCUGUAAGAGUUGCCAGGAUUUGGCUUCAUCUCGGUUCAAGUUAAGAAGGCUUUCAUUUUAAGGGCUUACUUAUGAAGGAGGCAUUGGUUACUUGAAUAUUUUGGAAGGUGAAAAGUAGCAAUUAGCCUGUGGGUAAGCUCUUAUUGACGGAGGGGCACGCCGUUAAGUCUGCGAGAUACAAGCUUGCAAGAGUGCUGUGAGGGGUCUGAAGAACCCCAUCUUUUACUUUCCUUUUGUACAGUGAUCGGCUGUUUUAAAAUGAAACUUUUUUCUUCCCGUUUAUAAUCAUCCGCAACAGGUGAUUGUCCCUAUAACAGUCAACAUGUAAUGAAAAUAGUCAAACUUAUCGGGUAGGAAUUAGUAGUCUUGAUGUAACACUAAAUUCUCAUGACUCAUUUACAAGGAAAUGUGUAACAGCUAGAGGGGAGAAUUAACAAUCAAAUCUUGGGAGUUUAAGGGUUAAAAAGCAAACAUAAAGCAGAUUUGCUUCUCUCACCAGCCCCCCUUCUUGUGCUUUGUGAGUAGAGGAAAGGGACGGUGGUCCAUAACAGCAUGUUGUAUCACGUGACCAGGCUGCACCUGAUCUCGGCGCCCCUCGCGAUCCUCCAGACGAUAAAAUUUGUCGCUUAAAUCCAGCAGAUUACGGUCAAAAAGCAAAUGAACAAAACUUUUAUCUACAUUCUGAUAACCAAGAAACUUCAUGUUUAAUUUAUCAGCCCUGUUUUCUAAAAGUUUAAAGUGACAACACGUAACUGUUAACAAUUAUCGUUAAGAGCAUAUAAAAGGUCGUAAAAAGGGCAUCUUAAUGAGUUUGACCUCGUUGGUCUCAAGGGAGAGACUGAAACUUCCAUGAACUUUGAACCUCGACUCUACUCCUGUCCUACAGUGAGCCACACCCACAAUAUCCUUGUUCUAAGAACUUCAAACGAAAUAUCAUCAAAACUUUACACCCUGACGCCUUAGUAACUUUUCGUUUGCGAUUCUUAUUUCUAGCGGUUAUACACUUCUUUGUGAAUUAGCUAGGAGAAUUAAGUUUAGGAUCAAGAAAGCACCCUAUAGUAGGUAAAUUUUAUUAUUCUUUAUUUUUCUUAUCCCCUUAGUGGACAAAGUAGUUUUUAUGUGAAACAAGUCUGGGAUUAACUCUGACUCUUAAAAGUGACUAGCAUCUUAUUUCUCCUUACAAUAUCAUCCUAUCACACAGGAAAGUCACGAAAAUAGAUUAAAACUACACACGCCUCUGACUGAUGAACAAAUUCUCCUUGUCAGCAUCUUAGGAUGUGUAUAGGGAGCAUACUGAUGUCAGGGUGUUUAAAAGGUUUAAUAGGAUAAUACACUCUUCUCCAAAAGGCGGGAAAACAACGACAAUAAUAAAAU